AUGUCAAGAAAUAACUUACUAAUACAAGUACAUGGUAAAAAUAUAAAGUCCUUACGAUUAUAUUGAACCUAAUUACAAAAAAAAAAAAAAACAAUCGGAAAUUACAGAAACUGUUAUUAUUGCGUAAAUUUUUCCGUUUUCUCUCAGUUACUAGGAAAACUACAAGGAAUAUAAAAACAUAAUCUCUUUGAUGUACCAAUCAGACAACUUUAUUCCAUAUAUCACCACUGAUGUUAUUCAUCAAUACAGAUAGGAAAAAAAAUACUUAUUGUCAUCAUAAUCAUUAUAGUAUAAUUGAUUGUUAUUACUCUAGGAUCUGAAUCUAAAAAAAAAAAAAUGCUCUAUAAAAUUCGAGAAUGUGAAAAGAGUAAAAUAAAGUUUUAAACUGAAUUUAUUGUUAUAUAGUUUAAAAAUUGAACUUGUAAAGCUAUAUAUUAUAAUACGAUAUUAAAUUAUCAAAUAUAUCAUGCGAUAAGCUAAAAAAAAAAAUACAAAGCAAUAAUAAAUGCAGUUUUAAAGGGGACUUGAUACCCGCAAAGCAAAUUUGCGUUCAGCAAGGACAAUUAUAUUGUGCUUUAUAUUAGAGUGAAUUGACGUAUUAUUUAACUUAAAGGGAAAAUAUCUAAUAUGUUUGUGAAACGGAUUUCCUAGAUAUUUUGAAAUAUUCAUGGGAAAAUAUGAUGUUAUAAUAAGAGAUGAUGUGUAUGGGAAAUUCAAAAAUGAUUAUAUCUCGUUUAAGCAAUUUAAAUAUUUCGAAAAUCCGUCGUACAAACACAUUUCAUAUUCUUCUUUUUAAAUUUGACUGUAGGUUAAUUCACUGUUAUAUUAAAACUAAAAGCAUAAAUUUGGUUCCGCAGAACGCAAGUUUGCUAUAUAAUUCGUUUGUAAAACCGAGACAACAAAUGCACAUCUGGCGUCCUCUUAAUUAUUUAUAGGUUUUACCAUCUCUAAUAUAUUUCUUGGUUACGCCACUGACUGAUACGUCAUCCGAAUCCACAUCCACAAACCUACUCUUAUAUUUAUUUAUUUGAAUAUAAUAUCAGACGUGAGCACAAUUUACAAUUCUGCUUUAAUAUCUUUCUUCUUCUCUUUAGCCUUUAUCCCAACACUAUUAGGGGUCGGCCACCUUCAAUCUAUAAACUCCCGUUUAAUCCGAUCUCCUAGGUCAUCCUCGUAUACACUGGCCGUCCUCAAUAGUAUCUAACCAUAUCUUUUUUGGUCUUUCUCUUUCUAUUUUCCCUCUGGUAAAUCAGAAUUGUCCGGAAAAUAAUCAGACGGGCUAUAAAAAUCUGUAAAUUUUCAGUAAUCAUAUGGACUGUAAUUUUCCGGGGGAAAAAAAUUAUUAGCAGCAUUUAUACGGACUGUGAAAUUCGGAAUAUGAAACUCUGUAACUGUCCGAACUGUAAUAGGCCGGAAAAUAAAUGUUUGACCACAAUAUUACGGACUAUAAUAAUCCGGAAUACAAAAAAUAUACACACAGUCAUGUCCCGAACAAGAACUUUCCGGAAUUUAACAAAAAAACUGAUAGAUAGCGAUGUUUUGCAUACACAGAACAAACAGAAUAAACAAAUUAAGAUUAAAAGAAGGUUCAUGGUUUUAUGACCGUUUUCAGAGAUGGAUAGACAUGCUCAGACCCAGUGUCACGAUUAUCAGUAUUAAUAGUGUUUUUGAAAUUCCGAAUUAUUCUUGUGCGUGGUAUUCCGGAUUAUUAUUGUCUGGGACUUUCUGGUUUUGGAAUUUAUGCUCUCCGGAUUUUUACAGUCCGGAAUAUUCUGGUCAAAGCAUUUAUUUUUCCGGCCGGUUAAUGUCCAGACAUUUAUAGUGUUUCAUAUUUCGGAUUUUUACAGUCAACCGUUUUUUUGCCCGUAAAUGUACAUUCCGAAAUUUCACAGUCCGUACGAUUAUGUUCUAGCAGAACUUUCCUUUUACGUCUAUUUUCAUUACAAUUAUUACUGCUUUUCACAUGUCUCUCAUCGUGGCAUGUCUAAAUCGUUUUAGUCCAUUUUCUUUCAUUUUUCCUUCUUCCUCUUCCCCUCUUUCUUCCUACGUUUAUUUUCAAUAGUCAUUCUUAUUGUUUCCACUACCGGAUUUUACCGGCUUUCGGUUUUACCGGUAGAGUUUUCCUGGGCUGGAGCCAAAAAACAAUCUAUUACAAAUAACUCAAUUUUACCUCUUUAUAAAAAAAAAAAAAAACACAAAUGAAAACGACUGUACAGAAUAAUCUAUUUACAAAUGUUUAAUACGUUAGGUGUCUGUUAUGAGUUUAUGAUAAACAAUUUACAUUAUAAUUUACAAUGUAUUUAUUUGUAUGUAAAAAUACAAUAUUUUUUAUAAUGUACACAAGGCUAAUUCCUUAGAUAUUGAAGCCUAAUAAUAAUGAUAAAACAAAUGUAUGACUAAUCGUAUACUUGAUAUUGUUUUUCUCUUAUUUUUAAAUCUCCAACACUACACUAAACUCAUAGGGUAAUUUAUGAGACUAUCGUUGCAUGUGGUAGCCGAAGACGCGAAGUUAUUAUAGACACAGAUAGUAUAAUAUACGACUAUAUUUCCGUAGAGCCGAAUUAAAAUAAAACGUUUUGUAAACAUAAAGUUUCGAAAUUAUUGCGAAUUUUCGAAACGUACUUGAAAUAUUACGAAUUUAUCGCGAGAAAAAAGACCGCUUUAUCCAGGGCACUUAAUCCGGCCUUGUCUCCGAUCCCUCGCGACGUUCCCGGAUCGGCUAGGUUUGUUAUCUCCGUUAUAUUAUACAGAGUUUAGAGUUUUAUACAUCAUCUAGAUGAAACAUUCAGCUCGGAAACGCGUUCCAGUGGGCGGAGUAUCGAGGACGGAAACGCGGGAGAUAAUAAACGGAGUGUUGCGAUUGGCCGUGCUUGGAGUGCAAAUUUGCUCUCUUUUUCUCUUGCUCGCACUUGGCUUUACAUCAGCCCGUCUCUGUCGAUCCGUCAGGACACCUCGUCCAGUCCUCGGGGCUAAACGUUCCGUCUAGACACACGAGCCUGCACGGGUUAUCGCUCGUUUCGUUUAUACAACCGAAGCCACGCCCGUGUGUUUUCAUAAUGCCUAUGCUACCUCUCGUGCGUCCUCGUCACUCGGCUCGUCCGGCCGCGCGUUCUUAUCGUCUCCGUUCGGUCCUCGCGCGCAUUAUCAUAGACACCUAUACACGGGAUCGUAUCGUACGCGUUGCAACGUUACGCGAGGACGUGCGGUACUGUUAUAUGUGUGCAUGAUACAAUACGGUAAUUUCCGCAUUAUCAUAAUAUCGCGAGCGAUACGAUAAAAUAUUAUACGGAGGGUACAACUCGGUAUUAUCGCAUACCUGUAUAACGUAUACGACGACGGGUACGAUACAAUAAUAAUAAUAAUAAUAUACGCGCGAUACAUGCCGAUCCGAAUGCCGAGCGAAAUUCACGAGCGUAUACAUUAACCAUUUAUGUUACGGACAUCGUACUAUUAUGAUAUAUAUUCCGCCUUUGUGUACGGGAUACGUAUAAUAUUCUGAACGCGGGUAUACGACGUGUACUGGGUGGGAGGGGGAGAAGGUUGUCUGCAUUCUACAGCAAACAUAAAUAAAUAAAUAAAACCUCAAGAAAAGAUAUCCCGUCGAAAAUCGCGUGCAUAACAUAUCGUACUAGACAUACGUAUGCAUUACAGGGUGUCUAUUGGGAAAUAUUGUUGGCGAAUCGUUGCUAUUAUAUAACAUGCAGGUAAGUGUAGUAUGAUAGAAAAGCUGUUCUAGGAUAAUAGGGACGGCCGUAGCCUCUGUUGUAGUUGGAAAGUUUGGAAUGUAGGAUGUAGACGGGAAUUUAAUGCAUCGAUUAGCUAUUGCUAACGAAAAACGACUCUGAGCCGAGUUCGAUUGAUACAAUGUUGCUUAGUCGACGAUGUACAUCUCAUAUUAUGGUAUAAUUCAUACGCAUUAAACAUUUUCUCUAACAAUAUUCGUUUAAUGUUUCUUUUCCGGUUCUUCCGGUUUUCCCGUGUUUUUUUCCCUAUUUAUUGAAAAAACUCCUGGAAAAGUUAAAAAAUGACCAAUGCGUUCAGACUACGGUGAACGUUUCAGAGUAUCCCAAAGAUAGAUGGCAUGGUCCCUUACAAUAAAGGGAUAUCCUACGGGGGAAAAAAAAUCUCAUUUGAUAAUCAAAAGCGGUUCUUUCGAGGCGAUGAAUUAUAAUUGCUAAGUAGUUGUUUACUAAAAGGUUAACUAAAAAAUUUAAAUACAAAAAUAAAUAAAACCAAAAAUGCGAGUAAUGCCUCGAAGAACGGUCACAUUUCGGCAAUUAUUUUUUUUUCUUGGAAAUUUAAAGGCACCGUUUUUCAAUCAUUUAACAUAAAAGUUAAAAAUUGGUCUUUUUAAAAAAAAAAAAAAUUAAUUUUAAGCUUUUCGUAUUAUUAUUUGACAUCAAAAUACAACAAAUCGGAUUCAACCAGUAGAUUAGUGGAAAAAUCGUAUUGUUUGACGAUUGUCGAACCUAACGUAACCAUUAAAAAUCGGAAAAACAUGGAAAACCCGACCGAGAAAACCAUGCAUUGUGCAGUAAAACCAAUGUACAACCGAUAGUAUAGGAAACGGAUUUAUAAUAUGUAAAUGGAUAUUUUUAUUAGAAUGCAGGGACGCUUGAUGAGAAAUGUUCACGAUUUAAAUCGUUUUCUUAAUAGACGGAAGCCAAUUUUAUUUUACACAUUUUACGUACAUACUCCACUGUGAUAUAUUAAAACGUUUCCGGCGUUCCGUUAACCAUACGUUUUUAAACCGCGCCGCAGUGUACGAAAACAGUCGGUCGUCGAUGUGUUUCUAAUUUAUCGGUUAGGUUUUUCGUCUCCAGUCGUUACCUGCCUGCCCAUUGCAGUAUUUGAUAACAUUAAUUAUCGAGGCGAGUCGGUAGCGUCGAUCCGUCUUCUUUAGCGUUACACUAAGCGAUCGGCCGCAAUCGCGCGUACGCGAAUUUAAUGAGAAAAUACCACCUGCUGUAAUACAUUUGCAUAACCGCGACAUUGACACGCGUGCGGAAAUGUCGGAAAACCAACGUUUUGUUUUCCCCGCGCGUUUCCGGGGUUUUUCGCACAGGUUUUGCGAAUCAUACGCGUCCGUUCGUUUUCGCGCGCUGGGCUCGUAACACGCGGUGGACACGUGACGGCACUGCGCGCACGGAAAUUCGGACGACCCUGUAUAUUAUAUUGUAUUACAUAUCAUACGGGCGCUCGAUUCAAGGCCUGAAGGUGUUAUUCGUAAUAUUAUAUAAAUAUACCGCUAAACGCAUUUUGUUAAAUUAUAUUCCCGAGCCGUUUUCGUCAGACCGCGCGGUCCGCGAGGAUUGUAUAGGUAGUGCACUUUAUAUUAUUAUUGUUAUUAUUGUAAUACGUUUUUCUACCGGGGCGACGAUCGCAGAGUCAUUAGCCCGGAGUCCGGAACCUAACCGUAAAACGUCGUGUAUCCGGUAAGCGUUUUCGAUUCGUUUCCCGGCCCGGGCGAACGCCGUUCGCGCCUAAAUAAUAACACGCGCAAUUUAUCACUCGCGGGACGCUGCGCUGUGGCGCGCAUAUUGUUGCGGGGAGACGCCGCGCCGAGACGACAAAGUGCGCGGAUCAUUGGCGUGUUUCCAUUAGAUCUCGGCGGGCGCGGAACCCCAUCCGUCGGGGGCCCGGUAAUAAUGCCGUAACUAGAGGUCGGAUUCAUAAUCUCUUCAAAUCCGCGAAAAUAUGAUGUUUUUACGUCGUUUAAAAUAGACAAUGCAUUCUAUUAGCGUUCUUUUAAAAUACCGGACAAAUGAUGUUUUAUUUCGUUAAAAGGGCAAAAUAUUCCAUUUAUAUUCGGAAAAAAUGAAAACAAAUUCAUUUAAGUUUUCAGCUUGAGUUGAAUUGUAGUAUUAAUUCGGUUACGUUUAACAUAUUACAUUUUAAAUUUAUUUUGUUUUUAUUUAUUUUACAAUCGUAACGGCUAACGUUAUUUUGUUAUUUCUGACGCGCUAUCGCCAUCGAUGAGAAAUAUCCAUUCAUUAGUGAAUCCAUUCAUUCGUUAGUAUCCAUUCAUAGUGAUUCAUUUUUAUUAGAAACCCAGAAGAAUAAAAUCAUGACCGUCUUGUAAAACUAAUUGUAUUUGUUGAGCAAUAUUAUCAAAACGACGAUAUACAUACAAAUAGUAGGAUCAAAAAUAAAAAUAUUUAUAACGUAUCAUCAAAAUCUCAAAUAUUCCCUAACGUAUUGAAUAUUCUUUAAACCCUAUGGUUCAUGAAUCGCGAAGAUAUCUCUUCCCCCCCCCCCAUUAAACUGCUUACACUAGAAGCAAUUAUGUAAAAUCAUAAAAAUCCGACCUCUAAUCAUAACAUUAUUCAGGCGAUUCGUCUCCGUUUUCCUUAUCGCACGAUCCGCGGCGGUGUUAAAUGAUGAUAACAGCACCACGACCGCCGAACAUCGUACGCGCAACGGACAAUAUAAUACGAGUGUUAUCUGUCCAUAAGCGCACAUAGAGGGUUGUUAGGGGACGCUUAGAUCCCCCAGGCUUCAAAUUAGCACCCACCAAUCUCCCAGAGUAAUUUGUUUCACUAUAUUUCACCAGGCAUCCGUAAAUUAUUGCGGUGUAUUCGUUCGGAUAAAAUAUUAAUUUGUUUCUAUUAUAAAUAGUUCACGAAUUCACGAAAUUAUAUUGCAAACAUUUACAAUAUAAAAUUAAGUUAAAUCUUGUGCAAUAUUAAUUAGUAAUUAUAGAUUAUAAUUUCUUUUUAAAACAUAACGAAUUAUGUGAACGAUCUAUUCUCGUGUAGACUACACAGUUUAAUCGAUUAAUUUGAAUAAACAAAAAUGCGAUUAUGAUAUAAACAUUUAUACAAUUUUAACUUUAUAAUUAUUAAUUAUUAAUUUGUCCAUAAUGUAGAUAAAUUGUACUACCUACUUGUAUAUUAUACAAGUAUAAUUAAUUCAAGUUUUGAUUUAUUAUAUUUAUAUACAAAUUGUAAAUUAUUGUCGUAUAGUCUAUUGUUAUAUUAGAGAAAUGGGGGUUAAAAUUUCCCCCCCCCCACGGAUAUGUGUAUCAUAAAUUAUUCUAGCAACUCCUAAUUUCGAACCCAAUAUGCGUCUAUGGAUCUACCGCGACGAUCGAACAAAUACGAACAACGAUUGAUGACAUAUCGCGACGCGAACGACGAUUAUUUCGAUUUUUUUUUUUUUACUAUUAUCUGUUCGUUAUUAUAACUAUGUUCCCUUGAAAAUUCACAAAUAAACGUAAAAUAGCGGCAAAAAAAAAUAUUUAAAAUAUCAAACACGAAUACACGGGUUUAAAAGCUCUGUUAUAACUUAUUCGGCUAAAUUUUCCAACACUACAAAAAUGACUAACCCAAAACGAUUUUUUUCAAAUAAAACUAUAAUAAGUGCAAUAUUCCGACAGCAAUUUCCCCUUUUUGUUCAUCGUUUUUGCAGUGUUAAAACCCUCUAUCAUUUUUGCUCUUUAUAAAUGUAUCCAUUAACUGUUCUCAUUCCAAAGUGACUGUUGUGGAAUACGAUAGGCCAAGACUGUUGAAAAAACCGUUCGGUAUGACCAACUAAUAUUUUAUUACAUAUUUUCAACAAAACAAAUAAAUAUAAUUUUUUUUUUUUUUUCCUAUAGUGUGACUUAGGCAUGUUUAUGACGAUACCUAACCCGCUGUACAAUUACUGAGGGCGCGAGUGCGCUCCGUAACAACGCCACUGGUGUAGGGUAUUGCCACCGUCGCCGGCACCGACGGUUGACAAGAGAGACCCGAGACGCCCGUGAUCGCGUUACAGAUUUGUGUGCCUGCUAUAAUGUUAUAAUGAUAAACCGUAUUAUAGGUACCGCACGGUUGUCGUCGCGGGACGGACGACGUAUGAAAGGUACUCCCGGGACCGUGGACGUCCGUCAACGGCGGCGUGUGGGGUGGAGGGUACUAUUUUUACGCCCGCGGGCAGAGAAACAACGUUCGUUGUUUUCGUAUAUUUAUUGCGAUCUUUCCGUACCGUUUCCCGUCCGCAGCUGGCCGCGGUUUUAUCGCCGUCGUCCGCGGUCCUGAAGCCGGGUGACGAUCGAGGGAUAAAAAAUAAAUAAAAAAAAAAAAAAAAAAAAAAGAAGCCAGGACCGUCAAUCGCUCGCGCUUCAUUAGGCCCUCGGCGGCGCAGUGCACCGGGCCGUCGUGCGCCGCAAAUGCUUUCCACUCCGUCACCCCGCGCCCCGUCCCGUCCCGCCGACGCACGACGGGUUUAGACCUUUGCGACGGCCGCGGUAGCGGCCGAAGGGACGACGGUGGCGGCGGCGGCGGCGGCGGCGGCGGCAGCGGCGGUGAUCGGGCGGAGACUACGGCGAACCGCCGGGAGGGGGAGGGGGGUGGCAGCCGGUGCAGUGCGCUUGCGUUGGUGGUCCACCGGGCCCAGUCUCCGGGGCUGCCCGCGCCCGGUCGAUACACUCCCGGUCGGUAGGUUGCCGUGUGCGGAGGUGCACCACCACGAGCCGUUCAACAGCUCGCGCGCGCCACAUCUCCACACGACCGACAGACAGCGACAGACGCGGCCGCCGCGGGCAAUGCGGCCAACGUUUGAAUCGUUGUAGCGCCACCGACGACGACGACGACGACGACGACGACGCCGCCGAGGGAGCCGUCUACCUGCAUCGGACACCGGUGAGUAUACACCACACCCCUACACCCUGUAUAAUAUUAUGGGGACGCGCGCGCGUGACGGUAUCGCGUAAAUUAUUAAUUUUCCGAAAAUCCGAAAUCCACGCAAACCUUCAGGUACAGUUUGUCCGUACUGUCUGAACGGUGUAGUAAUACGCGUUUCUAAUGAAAAUUCCCGCAAGUCGCGACGCCGUACCUACGAUUACGCGGAAUAUUCGCCCCCUACCCCCAAAUUCGAAAAUAUAAUAUUUUUGAGACAACGUCCGUUUUUAAAUAUUAUCGUUCUUUGUUCGUGUACAUAAUCGAAAUGCGUAUUACAAUAGGACACGUUUUAUACUAUCCGAUUAAAUCGUAUGCGUCUUGCGUAUUAUAAUACGCAUGCUUUACGUUUUCGAGUACGCGUUUUGUGUUAUUUGUUCGAAAUUACUCGAAAAACAAAAUACAAAAUGAUACUUUAAAAUUAAAUCCUACGGCGAACCGUCCCGUGCGUGUAUGUAUGUAUAAAGCAUUACGUAUCGCGUAUGGGAUAUGCCCGUCGUUCUAUACGUAGUCCGCCAAAUUUCCGGUCCGACCCCUGUAACGCAAAGCAAAAUCAAUAUUGCAAUGUAAUCGAAUGUAAUAAAAUACUUGAAAAAAAAAAAAAACAAAACAAAACAAAUAUGAGUGCCGAGUAAAUAUAUACAGCAUCGUAUAUUAUACACGCUAGUGUACAGUUUGAUAUUACGCAUAGGAUUUACAACGUGGCGAGGGUUAAACUCGCUCGCGUCAUAUCAAACGUUGUUGUAUUCAACCCUUUCACUGCUGCUACAACCGUCGAUUUCCAAAAUCGUGACCCCAUUUUCGAGGGUUGAACGUACAACGGUAUACACGAAAUUUGGCACCAUUGGUUUUUCUUAUUAGACGUUGCCAGCGCGCGUUGGUUUUUUCGAUUCUGAGCGCCGCGAUGAAUAAUGCAGAUAUAUUAUAUUGGUUAUACUACGAUGUUUGUAUUAUUUUCGUCUGUCCGUAAACAACGUUUCUACCAGAAAUCUUGCCCCGUUUGUAACGAGAGCCUUUAUUCGUUGGAUGUCGUGUCCAGUUGGAGCAUUAAAGAGUUAGUAUUUUUACAUUCCCUAAGGGUUUUCAUAAUGGUUGUGAAAAACCGGAAUAAAACGUAGAAAAAACGUAAGAAAGUUAACGGCUUUGGUUUCGUAUUUUUCGACUUUUCGUUUUUUCGUUUUAAGUAUGUUGAAAAUUAUCGUAUAGAGCUGAAAUGUCCACAAAAUACUUAUAGCGGUCUUUUAUAGACGCGGUAAAAUUGGCAAAACUCGUAUAACUAAACCUCGCUCAGAAUCGCAUUUCUUUGGCAACAGUAGAUCAUUUUCUACGGAUGUAAAUAAAAUAAUUUCAUGUAUUAUUUCCCGACAUUUUAGCUACAACAGUGGCACGUCCCACCAGCAUUAUCAACUCUUUUUAUUUUAUUGUUUCGAACGUAACAGUACGUCUGGAACAGCGAAAGGGUAUGUACUAUAAUAUCACCAUUGUGACGUAUUCGUCUCGUCGGAACGUAGUUUUAAAUAUUCCGGACGGUAAUUACGGUAAUUACAAAAUAUUGAAUACUUUAAUAUUAUCGGUUUCGGUGAUUCGCAGAUUGUUAACAUUUAUGUUUCUCAGGUUUCGGCGAUUCGCAGGUUGUUAACAUUUAUGUUUUACAGGUUUCAUACUACAAUAGCUAAUAGCACGCAGUACAUAUAUGGGCGCCUGCAUUUUUUAAAAAUUACCAACGGUUUGUGUAUAACGGGUACAAUUAUAUUAUAGAUUAUAUUAUUAAUAUGAUUUUAUUUAAAAGCGUUUACAAUUAUUGUCGUUUGCCCCGGAGUUAUCGUCUUGCACAACUCGCCGCAAGCAUUAUAAUAAUAUGUUAUAUCACAUUUUAAAUAAUAUCGGAAAUGUGUCCGUUUAUUGUGCAUACAAAAAUUAUUAUCGUAUAAUUAUGUACUAUCGUUGUUCCGUCAUUUUAGUGCACUAAUAAAUUGUAAAAAUUCAAAAGUACAAAAACAAAAUUUAUUACGUUAAUGUCGACUGUCUUCGUGCACUAUACCCGGUCCUUGCAAUGAUUAAAUUUAAAGGCCCUUUCGCCUUUGUCGUAAACUCUAAAAAUAUAAUUAAUUUCUACGCCGGCCGCGAUGUUAUUAAUAAAUACGCGCCACGCGCAUCAAUUGAACGCGUCUAUUAAACUUUUUCGUAUGUUUUGAGCCAUUCGCACCUGACGUAUUAUACGUCGGUUCGCUACUCGGUUUUACGGGGGUGCGAUAUCGUGAAAUUGUUAAAUGGGGAAGUUUUGGGCAGCGGUAAUUUUUCCGUCUUCGUCUAACGCACGUACAACACGGGAAGUUUUAGACGCGUUUUAAAUUAAUUCCAAACGAUCCAACGAAGCGAUACGAUUUCCGGAAACAGAUUUGAGUUUGUCAUCGAGUGUACACUCGAGAUCGACUUCUCCCGCUUUUUGAUUUGAAUUUCUCCGAAAAAUUGAAAUAUCCCAUAUUUUUUUCAAUCACUUUUCUUUUUUUUUUUAGUGUGAACUUUCUUAAAAAGUGAUAAAUUAUGCAAUUUGGAUCUCAAGUAGAUUUGACGGCAAAUUCAAAUCUGUUUUCAGCAUUGCGUAUAUCCCUUCGCUGCGUGUUAGACAAAGACGGAAAUUUAUCACUUCCGAUCCUUUUUAACGUUUUAUAAUUAUAUUUCCACCGGGAUCCCAAUACGUGUACGCAAAUCUAUAUAGUAUAAUAUGUACCGACGAUUUACCGCAAUAUCUGUGAUAACGUUAUUAUCCAUUUGACAGCACAUCGAACAAUAUAGUAUCAGAUACUUGCACAGAUUACAUAUAUAAUAUAAUAUAAUAAACUAGAAUGCCAACUGGUGAUAAGUAGUGAAGUCUCAAUCCGUCAUUUAAUUCGAGGCUCGUAGACCUUAUCAUCCACUUUUAUAAUAUUGUGAUAACUUAUAUCCAAAACCUGGAAAUGACAUAGCAUAUGAAAUCGACAAAAAGCAUCAAACUAUACCCGAUCAAAAGCACAAGCUUACGAUGAGAAAACCCCAAACGGAAAAUAUGAAAUUAUUUUAAAUCGUUUUCACACCGGAAGACUGUCCCACGGUUAUCUUAUAUCCAGAGAAGAACCUCCAUUAAACACGCCAUAGUCACCGAUUGUCUUCAGUUUCAAACCGACCGAAUCAACUUCAUCAUAAUAUCUGAAAAUCUUGAACCCUCUCGUAGACCCAAUCCGAGGCUCGACGAAGAGCAUCAACAACUUUAUCGAAAUUACCAAUUUGUACGGUUAAAUUUAAUAAUCGUUUUGAUAUCGUCUCUCGUGUUAUAUUCUGUUAUUCCGUUUAGAAUUACCGUAAAUGAUUUUAUGAUCAUUAUAUCAUGAACCAAUGGCCGCGCAGUCGACGUUUGAAAAAAAAAAAAAAAGCAUACGGUAAGACCGUACGGGCUUCGAAUUAAAUGGCUGCCGUCCCAAUUCAAUUGGACAAUAUUUAUAGCAGUUAGUUACCUAGUAUAUUAUUAUCUGUGUCUGUGGAUACCUAUAAAACGCAGUAGGUGAACAUGCGACAGUGCAGUGGUCGAAAACAUUCUAAAAUGUAUUGCACGUCGUGGCAAUUUGCAGGACACGUUUUAUUGUUACGCGGGGGAGACACGAGUUGACACUAUCUCCUUCGAUAUCGGUAUUUUUAUAAUGUGUCGCUUAUAUACCGAUUUAUUUUGUGAACGACGAAUUUCCAUAAAUCUAUUAUAAUAUUAUACAAUGCAAUUUUCCAAAAGCGUUUAUUUGUUUGUUUUUUUAUACUUAUAACACAUCAUCGUGAUACGCGUACAUACAAAAAUCAUUAAAUUCAAUACAAAAAAAUUUAUUUUAACCAUACAAAUUUGAUUCGUGCAAGUCAUCCCGUUGGAUGGCUACAAUUUUCGCAAUAUAAUUCACGAUAAAAUCAUAACGGUUUAAAAACAUGUAUAAUGAUUAAAUUUCAUUUAUUUUUCACAGUAUGAAAAUGAGAUUGACGGGGUUUUUUUCCUGAGUGUAUUGUUUUCAAUGCAAUUUAAUUUAUUAAUUCAUUUUUAAUUUAAUAAUAACAAUAUAUACUAUGCCUAACCAUAGUUUAAAACACAACGAGAGUUUGUUUUAAUAUUAUUGGUUGACUUAUAUACUGACGCUCCUAUUUCAGUCGGUAAAAAUUAAAAUAAAAAAAACGAAUUAUCAAUUUGUUAGUUAAUUAGAUUAAUUGAAAUAAUUCUUUUGAUAGGAAAAGGGUGGUUUUUUUUUUUAAUUUACUUAAAUGCAUACAAAUGCCUUUGGAGAGGUCACCAACAAAUUAUACGCUACACACGCCUAUCCGACUAAUGUAUAAAUUAGUGUCCGUUUGUAUAAUUUAAUUUCGAUCGUAUUAUAUUAUCAGUGUAUAAAUAGGUGAUACGGUAAAUCUUUUCAAACGUUUCAUUGAUCCAGAAACACGCAGGAGCUGAAACCCGAGUAGUAGUAAAAAGGUCUCAGAUUUAAGGACAUCAUAUCAAAAUCAAGUAUGACGUUAAAACAACCGAAACUAUACAUAAUAUACUGACAUAUUAAUGUAUAAUGGUUACAGAGUACCGAUUUCAGGAAUAGUGGCGACGUAUACUGUUUAGCGUAAUCGUGGUAUAUGAUCUUAUGGAAAAUCUAUAUUCAAAUCGCUCUUUUGAUACGUGACGAAAAUGUGUUACCGCACAAGUUUUACCGCAUAGUAUUUUCUGCGCAUCACUCGAAUAAAGUGAAACACGAUACAAUAAUAUUAGUAAAUUACAGUCAACUUGUGGAGAUACUUAAAAAUAUUUUAUAUGCGUGAAAACUUUGAAAAAUAUAAACCAAAAACUACUAUUAGAUUCUGAUGAGGAAUGUAUUGGUUUUACAAUAGAUAAUGUUUAUUUUUUAUUUUUCUGUGAACAACUUUUCUACCGGAAAUUUUAAUCUGAUUUUCAAGUGUAGCACUUUUUCUGAAAGAAAAUUUAACUGGAAUGGUACUUUAAGCAGGUUAUUUUUAGAUUUUAUCAAGGGUUUUCAUAAUAAAUAAGAAAAACCCGGAAAAAACGUAGAAAAAAUAGGAAAAUGUAUGAAAUGCAUGAUUUUCAAAUCGUAAAUACUACGACCUUUCAAAACAUGUAUAACCAAACUCUGUUCAAAACCGUUUUUCGUUAGCUGCGAUUAAUCGUCGCUUGCAGAUAUAUACGUAAAAAAUUUCUCCCUUUAUCUUUCCAAUUACUCACCCACAACAGUGACCCACCCAUCGCGUGAAGUAUGUCCAUAUCUUUAUCAUUUUAUUUUUUUUUAACCAAAGCAUAGCAUAUAAAAUUAACUGGACUGCAAUAUUUCUGCAGUUGGUAUUAUUAUUAAUUUGUCUCCGACAUAACAACUCAAAGUUAUUGACGUUAAAACUUUUACCGAACCGACCGCGACGUUUUAACUUUGAUUUCUCAUUGAUGUACUACUGCGGGUUUAUAAAGUGACCACGGUAGCAGAGAAAACUUAUAAUUGGACGACGACUGUAUAAUAUUAUAUAAAUAUAAUACGUGCAUUCUCGGAAAGGUAUUUUAUUUAUGACGUCAUCUUUUCAAAAAUGUCGGUUUCCCAAUUAUAAUUUUAAUCGUCAGUCGUGUAUGAAAUCUAUGCCAUAAGGUUUGGGCCGGGCAUUAAUGAGUUAAACAGUUAAACAGCAGUUAAGUUGAAUUUAACUUUUAACUUAAUAAUUAACUAAUUGAUUUUGGAUCACACCACUUUAAUAUAAUUUCAAUUUUUUUUUAUUUUAAUACAAUUUUCCAUUUACAAUGAAUGGGUUUAUACCAUUGUAUAAAUAAUAAUAAUUGUUUCCUUUACGUCAUUAUCAAGCGUACCUAUAGGUUUAUAAGUUUAAAAAUAAGUACAAUUUGAUAUCCCCAAAGUGAACCCCCAGUAUUGUGUUUAACAUUAAUCAUCCUUAUUUUCAAACUCAAUGUUUAGGAAUUUUACAAAAAGCCAAAACAAUUAAUUACGUUAGUAAGUUAAUUAAGUUUUCGAAUCAACUUCUGAUUUUAACUAAGCUAAUUAGAUAAUAGAACAAUGAGGUCGGGAGGAUAUAUUCACAAUGUUAAUAUUGAGGCCUUUAUGCCUCCGAUAUGCGCCUUUUGGGAGUUCCAACCACCGCCCCCACAAUUGUUUUUGAUACAGUCACAGUGAAGUGUACGAGUACAUACUGUCACAUGAGGAUAUACUCAUUUUAUAUUCAAUAUUAUUUAUAAAAUGGGUAUAACUUCGUGAUACACCCUGUAUAGUGUUGUAUUAUUACAAUAGGUAUUCGGUUAUUUAUUGAUGUUUUAUUUUUUUUUUUUUUUUUUAGUACCUAUAAAAUAAGUAAGGGAAAUCCGAUUCAAUAGCGAUGGAGCUCUGCUGUUCGUUAAAGGGUGGUUUUUUUCACCCUCACGCAGCUGUACAGUCUUAAUCGCGUGCACGAUACGUUGUAAAAUUUAAUAUUGUAGAAUUAUUUCGUUUUAAUAUUGUAUACUUAUAUACACAAUAUACACACAGCACCGUUCGAUGAAAACGAAUAAAAUUAAAAGUCAUAUUUAGUUUGCUCAUCGGCCGGCACGCGAGCGAGCGAGCGCGCUCUCGGUAAGGGAUUAAUUCGUUUAUAUUUUUGUGUUCGCAACUGGAAUUUUAUUUCACCGGUCUCCUCUAAUCCCGUAAUAAAUUUUCGCUCGCUAUACAGACCCAGAAAAACACAGAGCGCAGUGGUACUAAUGGACGGAUAAUCAUUAGUUAAAAAAAAAACCCGUUUAAUCGUUAUACUCCAUGUUGUGGGAUAAAUUGAAUUUAAAUGCGUUUAAAUUCCAAUGGGUCUCCACACUACCGCACGCAGCGCUGUGAUUAGAUAUACCUAUAUAAACGCGCGAAAUCCGUUUUACUAUUAUUUUAGGCUGCAGUACCUACGCUAUUAUCAAAUAGACGCUAAAACACUCUUGUUGUCGAUGAUAAUAAUGCGUCUUGUAUAGUAUCGAUAAUUCUGGCGUUUGGCCCAGUCAAUUCGGAAAUUUCACGGAAAAUAUGCAAAUACCCUGCAAAAUGUAAUUUUCAGCAUUCGUGUUAAGCGAUAAAUGACUAGGCGAUAUUAAACGGGUAUGCCUACCUGUACUUGUAUUGUAAUUAUUUAUGGUAGGCCGUUAACUUUAACUGUAAAAGUUUUUCACUGGUGUACCAAUGAAUUUGCCAUUUUAAUUAAAAAUACCCAUUAUGUAUAAUCGAACUUAUAUUAUUAAUCUUACAAAUCGUAUUAAUCGAUUGCAAAUAAUCGUUUGAUGUAUAAGUACGAGUAGAAUAAUACGUGCAAUUCAAACGCUGGUGCACACGAAUUCGGUUCUUGUAUGUGAACAAAAAAGUAGACUGACAUAAUACUUCGCGCGAUGGGUGGGCCACUGUUGUAGUUGAGUAAUUGGGAAAAUAGAGGAGAAAUUUAAUGUAUAUUUGUACGCAAUGAUUAACCACUACUAACGAAAAACGAUUCUGAGCGGAGUUCGGUUAAUAGUGUUGCUUUCAAACUUUUAUACUAAAAUUUUUAUAAAACAAAAUUCUUCAUUACACUCAAUUUUUUUAAUUUACUAAAAACUACGACUUAUAAUAAACCGGGUAAAUUUCUCUUGUGUGGACUCCAAAAGGCCGGGUGCCUACGUGUAAUCAGCACGGCGUAUAAUAAUGUGCAAGAAUAGUUGAAUAUAAUAUAUUAUAUGAGCUUUUUACGCCACUCGACCUAUUUUUAUCAAAUUUCUCGAAUAAAAAAUAAAAGGGGGGAAAAAGAAAUAUUCAAGUGUGUCAAUCCUGAAUGGCCAUGAAACACAAAGACGAAAGAUUUUUAUGACUUUUAUUUUUACAUUUUUAUAACGCAUGAAACUUUAAUAUUUUCCAUAGCCGUGUUCCUAUAACCGAACAUAACCGAUUAUAACCUAUAACCGAUUGACACGAAAUACCAAGUACAAACCAUGUUCAUAUAAUAUCGACAUUUAUUUUUUUUCAAGUUUAUAUGCACCUACACGAAUAUUACGAUGACUUAGCUGUACAAUUAUUGUGCUUGCCUAAAUAUGUAUCGCGAAUUAUUCGGCUAGUCUGCGUUUACUUAACGAUGAUUAUUUUACAAACUGUUCAUUCCGCCAGCCGCGGCAGUUCAGUUAUGCGUACCAUUUCAGUUAUGCAAAUAGUUUUAGUGCAUAUAAUAUGCUUACAGAUUCAAUGUGCAAUAUAAAUUCAUAUUGUUGACUUUGCAGCGGAGUAUUUGAAUAUUAUAGUUUCUGAUGAUCGAUAGUAAUUGUGACUUUGUGUUAUAGAUAUUUUGUACGCAGUACAGUUCUUGUACGCAGUCGUAGAAAAAUGCGAAUGAUCUCGAUAACGUAUUGCAAAAACGAAAACAAUGCAAUAUAAAAUAUACCUACAGCGUUUAAGUGGUGGUGGGAUAAGGGACUAUAAUAUAUUUUAAAGAAUUUUCCGUGGCCCAAACGAGUGAAAUUUAAAUGGGGUUUUUUUCUUUUCCGUAAAUAGAGAGUAUAAAAAUAUUUUUUAAUAUUCUAAGCGUAGCGAGGAAUGUAUUGGUUUACUAUGAUGUGGCCUUUCUUUCUCGUAUCUACAAACAACUAUUUUACCAGAAAUCUUGCCCUGAUGUUUAAGUGAACUAUCUUUUCUGAAAUAAAAUUGUAUUUAGUUGGUAUAUUAUGGUGAAGUCGUUUUUUAAGUUCCUUGUAGUUUUCUUACCAACUUAAAAUCGGGAAAAAGCGUAAGAAAAUUAACGAAUUCACGACAGUAAGAAUUUCAUUAUUUUUUUUUUUUUUUUUUGUAAUUCAGAUAAAAGUAAUUUGUAGAGAUCUAAUAUUUUCACAGAAUACUUAUAUUAGUAUUUUCUAGACUUGGUAAAAUUUUCAAAAUAUUCUGGCGGUUUCUAAAUUAAUUAUAGGUCUUUUAGAAUUUCGAAUUUGUUUAGUUUUCAUUUAGUUUUAUGUGGAUACAAUUGUUGUGACUGAGCAAAAAUAAUUUGUAACUAAGUUCAGCAUAGUUUUCAGCAAUUUGUUUUUUUUUUAUGGGCUUAAGGUAAAAUUUUGAUGAAUACAUAUCAUGAAAAUUUCGAAAAAUGUUAUAGGAGAUAGGUACAACCGAACUUUGCCCAGAAUCGUAUUUCGUUGAUUGCAACUUUCGAACGUCAUUUUGAUUUAUUUCGUUAAUAUCGAAUUACCUAUAUAUGUUUUGAUUUUUCUAAACAAUUCUAAAUUUUAUAAAAAAAUUAUAUUAUCCUCGAUUGUUUUUGUAAAUACGAGUGUACGACCAAUUUAUCAGGUAUCCGUUUCAUAUUAUUAUACAAGCAUGCGUGUAAAACGUUAACCUAUACGAAUAUACGGAACAGUUGAAUUAAUUGAAACUAAAGUUUAAUUUUAAAAUAUCGCAGUUAGUAAUUCAGUGUAGUUAAGGAAAUUUUAAUUGGCCAUCACAUAAUAAUAUCACGGCCCGAUCAUUUGAGAAAAUCGUUCGAAAACGUUGGUUUGAUCGGAACCGUAAGCAAAAGACAAUUGAUCGGAUUUUGACUAGAAGGUCUCAAAUUCCAACCUCACCCCGCUCAAAAAAAAAAAAAAAACCAUUAAUUACAUUAAUCGGUUAUCUCUGACAAUCACGUUUGUCGCAUUAAUGCGCAAUCCGCUAUCAUAUUUUUUUAGUUGUAUAACAUUACAUCCAGUAUAUUUACAAAUUGUUUGCGUUUUUUUGGGUUGUUUCUUUUUUAUAUUUGUUUUACUGAUGAAAGCCGUAUUAUAGUGAUAGCGUCGGGCGUGCAACUAGCUCACACCACGUAGUGAGAUAAAAAUUUGUCAGUUUUUUUUUUCUUUUAUUUAUAUUACAUUUAUAUACUAUAAUAAUAAUAAUAAUAAUAAUAAUAAUAAUAAUAAUAAUAUGUGUACAGUGUUCAUCGUGCGCCACGCCCUGUUAAAAGCUUUGAAACGUGAGUUACAAACGCUAAAAGAAUAACGGUAUAGAAUUUUGGUUUUUUUUUUUUUUUUCGUGUUGUGCUCGUCUUUCCGUUCCCGGCAAUUGUAUAUAUAUUAUAAUUGUGUGCAUUUGUAAGCGUGGGCAAAAAAAAAAUGUGAGAUAAUUUAUUUUUAUUCAUUUUUAAGUACCACCAUUCCAUCUCCUCCACCCCGCACAGACAAACCGAAUAAACUGACGUUAACGAAUUUCGCCUUUACGACCGCGUCCCAUUCGAGUUUUUCUAUUCCCGACAAUGUUUCGGGGUGGUUGUAUUUCAGGCUAUAUUUUUCUCUCAAAAAAAAAAAAAAAAAAUAAAAAAAAAAUACGAUUCCUUAUAUUUGACGUCUAUAUAACAUAAAUUCAUUCUUACGUACAUAUUUUAUAAAAGAUUCCUUGAAUUCCAAACCCAUUAUGUACCCGUGUCGCCAUGAAAAAUGUAUCAACUGGUGGUCCCUAAAAGUUUAUUAGAUUUGGAUGGUUCAGGUGAUACGUUUUUCUUAUCUUUUCCGUGACAGCCGAAAUCGAAAUAUCAUUUCCCUUUGGGACGUCUAUUGAAAACGAAUCGUCUAACGAAAUACUGGUAACACGUAAAACUAUAAUACAAGUCGUAGAGAACUUACAAUGUUAUGUUGUAAAUCAAUCGUUUUUUUUUUUUUUUAAUGUGAACAUAUUCCUUAAUUUAUAAAUAACGUUAAUUACAGGGGUUUUUUUAAACCAAAAUAAACAUUUUUCCGUUCACCCGUAUUGUAUUUUAUUUAUUACUCUAUUGAUGAUAAUAAUUAUACUACGUUGACGUUUUCUAUUAGAUAUCAAUAAAAACUGUUCGUUUUCUUCAGGAUGAAAAAUUUGCUCGUAUUCCACUUUAUAUGCUGUACGUAUGCCUAACCGAAAAAAGCAAAAAACCAUUUAAUUUGUAUACAUUUUCACUAUAAAACAAUUAAACUCCGGAAUUCAGUUAUUACAAUUGUUUUGUUUUCGUAUCGGGAAUAAAUAAUAUUUUAAAUAUCAUAUUGUAAUCUAUCAAAAUAUGGAAUUUCGAAUUACAAUACUUUAGAGUUAUUAAUAUCAGUUUAAAUUCCCUUAUCACCAUUAUUACGCACUUAAAUAUGUUUAAACAUUUUUCAACUUUUAAAUUUAUGAGGUUUAACUGAAUAUUGUUUAAAACAUAUUAACAUAUUAAUAACCAUACUAUACCAAAUAAUAAAAAAAAAAAAUGUAUAAAAUAUUAUUAAAUCAUUUUGUUUUAUUUAUAAAGAAACGGUUUAAACUUAGUGCAGAACAACUGUUUAACACAUAAGUAUGUAUUAAAAAUGUUUAGUAUUAAUGUUCCUACUUGUUUUAAAUAGUUUGUGCAUUUUAUACUGGAAUGUACUUGCUGCAAGACUGAGAGUUCUACUAAUUUCAAGUCAAAUCCGGUACCGAGUUACUACCUGAGAGUUCUGUGGCAAAUGAAAUUACUUUUUCGCAUAAAUACAGUUUUUAAAAUAGAACUACAAUUUUCAUUGCUUUUUCACUGAGUUAAGGGUAUUCAAUUUUAACGAGGAGCCAAAAAUGUUAUUAAGAAUGAGUGUAAUUUAACUUUGUGAGUGCAAUCAGAUGAUAUAUCAAUGAGACUUAUUUCUUUUUGAUUUACAUUUAAAUUGUUAUUUCCAAAUAUUUGCUGCGAAUGGAUCUAUUAUGCAUCCACAAAUUGCCAUAACUAGGAUCUUCUUGUAUUGUGAACUUUAUGUCAGAAUAAGACUUUAUGUAUAGGUUAUUAUGUCCUUAAAUGGAUAUUGGCCAUAUUUAGUUCAUUUAACAGUGAAAAAAAUCUGCCAGACAUGCAAGCUUGGUUACCCGCAUAUCGUCGCAUUAGAAUUCUUAAAAUUCCAAACUACUUUGCUGGUGGAAAAAUGAUUUAACUAAAAGAGUAAGUAUUAUUCCCAUUAACAGCCAUUUUACCUAACGUAAAAAAAGGCGUAUAUUGUGUAUACUGGGAACUCAUUUAUUAACAAAACGCCUCAAAUAAUCGUUAUAAUAAUAAGUUUUUUUUUUUUUUUUGAAAAACGUACAAUUUCAAAUAAGGUAAAUAUUUUUCUGCGGACAACCAAAAUGUCCUCAUAUACCAUUGGUUGAUGACCGCUGUUGUUGAUUUGGUACAUGGUCCAAAUUUCAAAUCAAAAUCACAAUUUUUUUAGUGAAUUUUAUAGCUUCUUAUACCAUAAUAGCUUUCCCGUUUCGCCCCAUGUUCUUCUUGUUACUUUCUUGUAAUACGAGUAUAAAUAUACAUAAUAUAGUAGUAUUACACCGUGGGCACACACAUUAGAUUAAAGUUUUACGGGUACUUCCCGUCUUUUAAUUACUAUGAAUUUUACUGUCUACGGCCGCAUAAUAACGUUUGCUUUACGAGUGUAUUAAUUAAUAUAAUAUACGCGGUCUCAUUGUUUCACGUACGAUUGUGCAAAAUAUUUGUGUUCGCUGCGAUAAAACCAUCGCACUCGUACUUGAGUAUAAUAUAUAGCUUCCUGACUUUAUGGUAUCUUCGAACCUGUAAUAUAAUUGCAAACGGCAAUAACUAAGCCCACCGGUGUUCUAAACAUAAAGCUUCCGACAGGGCUCAAGUGCGGGGUUUAUAGGGUAAAAACGAUCCUACGCCCUUUAGGUAUUCCUAUAUUAUCAAGACCCAUAAUGUUUGGCAGUUUUCCAAAAAAAGUUUUCCAUUACACUCUCCCGUUUUACUAUACGUCUGCAGCACCUAUUUCCCCCCCCCCAUUUUAUUACUAUAAAUAUUAUUUCAUAAUCUUCUUCUUAUUUGUAUUCAAUUCUGUGAUUGGUUCGUAGAAAUUCUCCAUUAUUCCCUGUUACUGGCCUCCGUCUUUGUUUAUUUAACAAUGCAGACUGCAAAAGAAAAAAAACGAACACGUGAAAUCAAUCAACCGUCGAUCUACAUAGUACAUUACAUUUCCAUUAAAUAAUAUAAUAUUAUAAUCUGUAAAAUAGACUCUUCCCGUAUUCGCUAAUAGAAUAUAACCAUCAUGCCGAUAAUACAACUCGGUUUAUUCUUGACGUGAAUGACGCGAACAAGAUUAAAUUCAUAUCCAUAAAUCCAUAAUAAUAUUAUAGCCUUGCGAUUUCUUAGCUUUUCAUAAUAUUCGUAUCUUCUAUUCACUAUUCAUCGAUUCCUGUUAAAUUUGUUUUCGCUUUAAUCGAAAAGAUUUUUAAUUCUCCGUGUUACAUGUGCCUUCAUGUCAUUUAAUAAAAUCCGUAAAAAUAAAUAUGUAACAUUAUCAGUUAAAAUAAUUUUAUUUGUAUUUUUUAUUAUUAAAACAAUUAUAUCUAUAGUUUUUACAAAAAUAAUAUUCGCCAGUUCCGUUUAUUAGCUAGUUUCAUUUUUUAUUGGCAUUAAGUAUGUGUUCAAUUUUUCAUUAAAUAUCUACUAUCUGAAAUAUCUGAAAAAUAUUUAAUCAGCAACCCACAACCGACAAAGGAAAUAUUGAAUUUUUUUUUUUUUUUUCCUGCAUUUCCUACCGUUCUUUUAAAACUGAAAACUGUAUAAAUAAUGAUGUUCGGUGUACUUCUAUUAUUGUUAUUUUUUUUUUGUUAUAACUCUACAAUGUAAUCAACACGUGAGUGUUGGACUUGCAAAUGAUUGAUGACGCUUAAAUUCCUCGGUAUUUUAAUAAGUCCAUUACGAAAUAAUUACAAGGACAAAAUAUCGAUUAAUAAAAAAUAUAAGAAAAUAUACACGCACGCAAGUUUAUGUGUACGUGAUAUUAUAACUCGCGUGGAAAAGCACGGUUUUAACCGAGAAACAACAAAAACCGGAUAAAAAUCCGGCCUGACAAACGCCCGAAUUCUUUUUCCGCCGCGCUUUUCGGCAACGGCGCGUAGUCGCGCGACUGGACGACAGACCCGCGCACCGACCCGGCGUCCGGUCACUAGAAAAUGCGGGCGCGCGCGCGUAUUUUGUCGCGCAAACUGAUCGACCGUAACGGAUCUAUCGGCCCGGUUAUAAAACGACGGUCCCGCCGGUGGUCGUUGGCGCUGCACCGGGACCCUGACGGAUAACCGUCAAGGGCCAUGCGGCGUACGCGAGGUCGGCCGCGGCUGCGGCGAAUACGUCCCGCGGCGUUACGCGCCAAUGGGAACCAGCGGAGAACGCUGGCCCGUAACACAUUUGUGGAAAAUCACGUUCGCGAGACGUUUUCGUUCGCCGCGAAAUCAAUAUUUCGUUUUAUUUCGGUACCAACGGGCGCGCCGCGCGGUGGUUCGCGUGUAUAAAUAAUAACGGCGACGGCCGAUGGUGCGCGGUAUCGACCGUACGCACAGUGUCGUAAGGCCAAUUCGAGUUUACGCGCGCGCACGGGCUCCGCGUGUGCAAACAGUUCCCGGUGUUUCUGCGCGUUUCGCGUUUUCAAACGCGAAUACGCGAUCGCUGCGCGGAAACGCGCCGAGCCAACGACUUUACCGCGUUGAAUUCGAAUUUCGUAAACGGCGUACGACAGUGUCGACUGUUGGGAACGGCGGCCGACGCGGCGCGGACGCUGCGCGGUUUCGUCGUUUGCGCGUACAUAGCGCGCGUUCAAUCGGCUAACAACGGUGCACGGCGUUCGCUGUGUUCGGCGUUGCACGCACUCGGGAAACGUUUCCCGAAACGAUUGGAAACCGGUUGGUUUCCGAACGGUCGACUAAACGGCGAUAGUCGUGCGUCGUCGGCCAAGUAGCCGAUGGCCGUUUCGUGAUUUAUUUUUAAAAAAAAAAAAUAAUAAAAAAAAUACAUAUAAUAUUACGUUUUGGUUUUCGACGAAAGUGGCGCCCGUUAAACGUUGUUGUGAAACGCGGCGUUCGCGAACUGUUUACGACAAAUCAAAUACGUCCGUCCGUUUAAAACUUUCAACGUUCAGCGGACUGUAUUUUGAACGGACGCUAAAAUAACGCGCGCAUAAUUUAAUAAUGCGUUUCUAUAUUUUGGUUUUCAUCGAACUCGGCAAAUUAAGUUUGCCACCUGUGUAAAACGUUAUGCGGCUCUAAACGAUAAGACUUAUGAUAAUGUCCCGGUACGAAUUGUAUUAUUUUACGAAUGUCGUAAAAUGUUUGCGCAACGGUGAUUCCGUUUCAAGUUUACGGUUAAUACUUCGAUGUCGACGAAUUGAAACUCGGAGUUUAUUAAUUAUAUUUGUAUUCUGGUUGGCAGGGACUGUGUGUAUAUAGAAAGGCUGUUUUGCCCGUUUUGCCCUAAAAUUUCAUUUUACCCAAAAGUUUUCGAACGAUAACAAUGUCCGUCGGACUUCGGACAAGUCGUAUAAUAGGAACACGUCAUAACCACAAUAUUUUGUACCGCAAAGGUAUAAAUGAAUACUUCAAAACCGUAAUAUCGUGCUGCUGGUUUUCGUUCAUUUUUUUUUCGCAGUUUUCACGUUUUAUUGUUGUAUACGGUUCGUUCGUCGUCAUAUUAUAACGAUGUUCGUAAUGCACGGAUCGCUACGAAUUGACUUGCGGCGAUAUAAAACCUCUAUACCUUGCUUUCAAUUCGUAAUUCGUAUACUAUCAGCUCUGCGUAUUUGAAUUUCUGACACGAAAUUGUUAAAACGGUCGAAAAAUACAGAGUGCGUCGAGGACGGCAACAAUGAAUGACUGUACGAGGGCCUUUGGAGGCGAACAAACUCAGCGCGUCUUCAAUGAUAUUCUACCGCGAAAAAAUUGCGGAGUAAAUUUUUUCAGAGCUCUAUCGAUCCCCGAGUAUCAUAUCAAACAAUCAUUCGCCACUCGAAGCUUGACCCAGCUUGAUUUUUUUUUUUUUUAUUAACGCCGCUGUCAUGAUUUAAAAGUCAAAAGUUUCGUUUCCGUCUACGGUCAACGCAUCAAAUAAUAUAUUUUUUAAUUAGUAUUCCGCUGUGAUAUUCAAUUCGAUCGAGUUAUACGCUAGAAGGGUUCAAAUUAAUUGUGUAGAAAAACAAAACAACAACAUUUCACUCGCGUAAAAAAACACUGAAAGUUCAGAAAAAAAGAUAAUAUUUUAUGAUUAUAUGCGUACUCGUAAAAAAACACACAAAUUUCACUGUAGGUAAAUACACAAUUAUUAUGGUACAGUAUCGAAGUAUACUAUAGACGUCUGAACUGAAUUGGAAUUAUUAUUAUUAUUAUUAUUAUUUAUUUUUUUUUUUCCUUAUUUGAACAGUGUUUCGAAUAACACGCUGUGCUUACAUUAAAUAUGUAGGCAGCGAUAAACGUAAAUCGCUAAAAGAAAACAAAAAAAAAUCGCCGACCGGAGAAAUCGGACGCGUAGUAUGGCAAUAUUUUCAGACCGGACAAAAAGGCCGGACGCACGGGCGCACGAUUUUUCAGCGAUCCCCAUUGUAGGUUAGUCGAUGGUAUUGAAACCGCGGCAAUCCCCUCGACUCUAAUAUAUACACAGUCCAUCCAAAAUUAAUGAGAUUGCGAAAAAGGUUUUUUUUUUUUUUUUUGUUUGCCCUUUGGUGACCGAGGAUUUCUUUAUGUGUCCCCGAGCAAGGGAUAAUACUUCCGCCGGGAAAUAAUAAUGAUUUUUGCGCGUAAGUAACAUAAUACGUUUCAAAAUACAUAUACCUACACGAUUUCAAAUUCGGAAAAUGACCUGUGUUAAAAACGGCAAAACCAACGUGUGGUCGUGCAGUUUUGUAGACGCAAAACCAUUCGGAAAAAUAAUACUACACAAUUUUUUUUUAUGUAGAAUAAGUUCUAUAAUUUUAUAUCCGUGGAACAUUUCAGUUAUCGAAAAACCUCUAUAUUUUUUUAGCUGUUGUACACUAUCUAUCGAAAAAAAAAAAAACUAUACGAAACCCUAACUAAUUUUUGACAAAAUUUUGAGUGUAGCAAAAAUAUGAUAUUGAAAAUUGAAAACUCCAAAAGAAGCACGAUUAACACUAACGAAAUCAUGCAUUCACAACAUUUUAUCGCCCCGGCUUCAUUUGAAAAUUCCGCAGGAGUGUACGAAGCUAAAAAGACACCGUUCACUCGCAACAAAUACGCACGUAAAAUUAUUAUUGAAACACAACGAAACUCUUACGAAUUAAAUCUGCCAACAAAACAACACCGAUUCCCGGGUUUUGAGCUCAUUUGUUAUAUAAAAUAAUCGUUUUAUUUUUGUGCGAAGCGGCGGGAGAGUCGACGAUUCACGUGCGUAACGAUGACGUAUUCGCGUAUCUACGUCACGGGUCUCAUCGGCGACGACCCGGUAGCUCGGGGCAACGGCGCCGGCGGCGGACAUCAGAUCAAUUUUCUGGCCGCGCCGAUUACGAAACCGUAUUUUACCUGUGCCCCCGCCGCCGUCGCCGCCGCCGCCGCCGCCGCGCCGACGACGACGGCGGCGCGAACGCGUCAGAACUGGGGAAAAUCAAGACUCGGAAUGUUCCCGAUAAUUUGAACAAUCAAACCUCUGUGUUUCCCGGGCAAGCCACCCCAGGCGUGGUUUGUCCGUAACGAUAAACCGAAAAAUAUUUACGACCGGAAUACGACGUUUCGCGCACAAGUAGGGAUAGGCCGGUUCUUCGGUUCCGUCGUUCCUGAUAUUAUGACCUAUCAAUUAUCGGUUUUAGCGUGAUUUUCGAUUCCGGUUAUUUUUUUUGUUUUUUUUUUUUUUCUUAGUAAAUAUCGGUGUUUACGGAACGACGCAUUGUUUGCACGUUUUCUCGGAACCGGCCCGCGGUAAUAGGCACAACACCGUCGGGUUUUCCAUUUCGAACAAGAAUGCGAAUCGAGUUUCGUCCCGGGAAACGUGUACGUUACGUCACGUAAUAUCACGAAUACGUUUUUCGAAUGCGAGUGGGUUUCUGUUGGUCGACGGAAAACGGGAUAAAUAUUUCGACCCGCCGCGGCGCGGACAAACGCGCGACUCGCGUCCGUGGUGCAAUAAAUAAUUAUGAUCGCGGCGGACGAAACCGGCGGUGCGGCCGGUGCCGCCGGUCGUCGUUGAAGCCGGACGCGAAGCGCUACGCCGGUGUCCGUCGGAUUUUCGCACUCGGGGCGCCAAGUAUCGCCAUCGAAUAUUCGUACGCCGUUUUCGGAUACGGCGACAGGACGUCCGUUCCUCUCGUGGCCACCGGCCGCCCGCGAACCGCGCUGCACCGACACUGUCACAACGUCAUCCGAAUCGCCGCGCCGAGACCGGGGGGACGGGGGGACGGGGACGCGCGCAAAACUUUCGGAAACUUUCGGUCUCCGGACGGCGCUGCAAAAGACGUCCGCGCGCAGUACGUCGCGACGGCGCUUACGAUGCGUGCGCUGUAGUUUACAUCUGCGCUAGAAUUAGAAUUCCGAAACGCGACCGUUGGUUUUGACGAAUCGUUUUUUCCGGGCCGACAAUCCGCCGUACGCCUUUAACCCGAACCGAUUUUAAUCGUUUUAUCGCCGUCCGUGCGCGUUUUCAUUGUCCGUGUGUGUUCACACCGCUUGUGACGACACCGCGAACGAAAUCUCGAAAUACAUUUUUGGCGUACGUUAAAAUCUCAAUAUCCGUGUUCGCACGUACAGUACCGUUUAAUCGAAUAACGCAACGGACCCUUUUAAUAUUCAAACGCGAUUUCACCCUCAUCGUGUCCCAACAUUGUGCACUGGGAAAUUUGCCGCGUGGGCGGCGCUCUGACAUUUUCACUCGCGGAAAUAAAUUAUAAACGCCGGUUGUGUUUUACAUUUUCUUUCAUCGUGAAUAAUUCGCAAUUUCUCGCCCCCUCCGGACGUAACAGCGUACGGGAGUGAGUAUGCGGCGUUCGGUUUCCGCUCGUUUUUACCGCGUGCUAUCGAGCGUACGGCAAACGCCCGAACGAGGUGCUUUAAAAUAUAUUAUUAACCUGGAGCUCUCUCCCACGGCCAGUGAUUCGUGACCUUUGUGAAUCCGCCCGCUCCCCAAUACGGUACGGUGAAUGACGGUGAUGACUAUUGUAUUACACAAUUGUUUAUUACGCAACGUGGCUGCGAACGUUUCAGGUAUCAACAGUAGUAGCAUUACAAUCACUCCGGGGUACCCCAAUAAACUUACGUUCGGGUAUUCGAACAAUUGUGAAAUAUCUGUCGCCGCCGACGCGAAGUAAUCUUUUGCCGGUAGACUUAUCGUUUCGGGAAAAUUUCCACUUUGCGGUUGCACACGGAUGAGAUGAAAACGACGAAAAAAAAAAAAAAAGCACCGUCGGUUAUUCUGCGGGUAUUUAUAAUUUUGCGCGGAAUAUGAAACCUGUAAUGGCAUUAUGGCCGAUUCAAUAACGUUUUUGUUCGUUUUCAUUGGCGUGCUCGUGGCGAAACAUCACAAUCGAUAUUAUCAUCAUCGUCAUCGGGUGUAAUGUUAUUAUUGUUCAUAUUGCGGAACGUGUCCCGCAACAACAACAAUAGCGAUUAUAGCGGAGACUAUAAUAUUAUAUGGUCUUCGCCGUUGUUAUUUGUUCCGGAUAUUCCGGACCGCAAUCCGGAUUAACCGUUCCGGGAUUACGGUGGCGAACGGAGAUUAAACGGGACGAAAAUAAAACUUUACAAAUAGUUGCGCGGUGGAGAAAAAAUAUAACGUGAUGCGAAACCGUUAGGCGGCUACUCGGCUUGCUCACACGUGUUAUUGUAGCGGUGGCAAAUGCGGACGGAGGUGCGUGACGUACGAUCAACGAGGGCCGAGACGACGCUUCUGUUUUUCGAAAACAUUUCUGUUCAGUUUCACGGCGCGUUGAUGUUCGUAUCCCCACGUGUUUAACAUCUAUGCAUGAUAACGACUGUAGGUACCCGUAAAUCGGAACCACGGCUUUAGAAUAUAGGACGGCAACAAAAUAAAUAAAUACUGGCGGACAACUCCUUCUUAAAAUUAGUAUUCUGCUUAAUUGGGCAAAUAAUAAAUAUGUUUAAAAUGCGGUCCAUAAAAAACUGAACACUGCUAGUAAUGUGUAAAUGUAUGUGUGUGUGUGUGUGUGUGUGUGUGUGUACUGAGUAUGCGCAUCUCCUCUUUACCCGAUUCAUACCGUCUUAGUCGGCCGCUUCUUUUAUUAGGUCACAUUCUUUUACGCCGUUCGUUUUCAUUUUCAAUGUUAUCACGUAGGCAUCCAGUAAGUAUAAAUAAGAUUAUUAUCGAUAAGAUUAUCGGCCAAUAAGAUGUGCUUCAGGAGAACUAUAUAAUGGUACAUAGUGUGUAGUCAUUAGCGUCAUUUGAGGGGUUCGGACCAUACUCUGAUUGCCCUACGUUUGUAGGGGAAAAAUUGGCUCGAUUAAAAUGCUUGUAUCCCUAUUGAAAAACCGAAAUGGCGCUUCCGAAUAUUAUAGCCCGGGUUCAUUUAACCGGUGAGCGGAGACGAAGGAAAACUAGAGAACUGCAGCUGAUAACGUAUACGGAGAGACGAAUGUUUAGAGAUCAUCGAAAACGAAAGGCUCCGAUAAGCUCAGACGAGCAUAGAGAAGCCAAAUUACUACGAGCAAUGUUUGAACAGAAUUAUUAUUAGAGAAAAUACUUUUAGGAUGGCCGACGAUGUGGUGAGAACACACAGUAAAAAACCACGUGAAAGCUGUGGGAUUGCAAUAUGAUACGGGACGAGUGUAUAGAAAUCGAAUCAACCUCCAAAUGUAUAAUAAUAAUCUGGGUGAAGUAAUAAUAUUCAAGCUAGACGGUACCGAAACGUGAAUAUCCGUAUCGUUAUUAAUUAGUUAAUGUUAAUGGCAUAAUAAUAAUAUUGUAUUAUAAUUAAGUAGCUAGGCCUAAUAUAGGUAUAGGCUAUAUAAGAAGGCCUUUGGGAUCGGAUUAUAGCGGUAUCAUACCUAUAUCAUAAUUUAUUUUUUUAUUUAUUUAUUUAAUAUAUGGUUGCUGCGGAUGCCUUCAUAAUGGUAUUACAUAUUUAUAUAUAUAUAUAUAGGUACGACGAAGACGAUAUGAUCAUCUUACCCCGACCGUGAAAUUGAUUUCGUCGUCCGGGCCGGGUACUAUUCUGAGGCCUAGAGGAAAAUAAUAUUUAGUACGCGUUUGAACCACGUCGGCGCAACGGGCCCGGAGACCCGGUUGCGUGCUCGCCGAAAGUUGCAGGCUGUCAUUAUAUGUAUUGUUUUAUUUCGUUCUUUACCCUUUUCAUACGCACUAUCUCUCUCUCUUAUUCCCCGUUCGGACAAGACAAACUGCGGCAGUCAAAUGUAGUAUACCAACUAGUUCAGAAAAUAAUAUAUAAGUUUCGGUCUACGGGCGACGGCGACGUGCCGCGGCCGCUGAAUGCCGACACGACCGCUGUCGCUUUUCACACGAGUGCAUCCGCGAAUUCGAAUGAUGUUUUAUCCCGACACACAAAUCACGAACCGCGCAAAGUGUCCUUUGCAGAAGACUGAGUUCUGAAUAAACACGUAGUAAUCCUCUCUCUCUUUAUCUCUCACUCUCUCUCUCUCUCUCUCUCUCUCUCUCUCUCUCUCCCUCUGUCUUUCUCGAAAGCAAUUCGAGGACCGAUCGUUUUUAUAGAUAUUUUCCCGGCCUAGAGCCGAAUUUCUACACCACACUCUUUUGCGAAUACAACCGGAAAUAUAUUAUUGUAAUGUACGAAUAUGCAGUGGCACAACUAGAAUUUAUUUUCUGGGGGGAGGGGGGGGGGGGUUAGAAAAUGUAAACACAUUUUUAUACAGGUCUUUGGGAUAGUAAAUACUAAAUGUAGGCGAAGUAUAUAUUACGACGGCGUAGACGUGUUCAAAAUUACAAUAAUUUCUGUAUAAUAUUACAUAUUUUCCACUAUUAAAAAAUGAAAAUGUUCAGUCAAUUACAGCGAGAGAAACAUUUUUCAAUCUGAUCUAUGUGACCAUGCCUAUUCACAUUCGCGAGAGCCCCGCUAAAAUAUACACACGCAGACCCGACGAGAGGGGAGGGCAGCCAGGGCUGUUGCCUUAAAAGGGCCCGGGCCCGAUCAAAGCAACCAGAUCCUACAUUAAUAUAAAAAUUAUAUGUAGUUUAAUUUCAUAAUAUUUUACUUUAAAAGAUCAAUACAUAUCUUUUAUUAAAAAUCAAAUUUUUGUACCAUAUUAUACAUACAUUAGUAACAAUAUGAUUUUUGCUUUUGAAUACCUUGUGCCUCAACCCGAAACCUUCUUUUUACUAAACACAUAUUUUAAAAAACGACGCUUGAUGUUAGUGGCAAAUUUAAUAUUUGACAAUGGGAGGGAUUAUUAGUUUGUUUUUGGGGCCCUUUAUUUCACUCCGCGGCCCUUUACACACGAUACGAAAUCACUUUUAUAAUUAUUAUUUAGUUUAAACAUCACGUUAAACAGCAGCGCGACGACAUUAAUGUAAAACAAACGACAGGUCAUUGUGUGACGGGCAUAGGUAUUGUGAUACAUUUCGUUUAAUAUAUUAUUCAACGAGUCUAUAAAAUAAAAUCAUCGCUGGUAGGUAGCUGCAGGUACCUAAACCCAUCGUGCGCGUUACCGGCUGAUAGCAGAAUAAAUUCACAACGUAAUAUUGCUAUAUCAAUCAUAAAACCUUUCGAAAAUCCUUACACGAUUAGUCCUAAGCCCGUUAUUUUAUCAUAUUAUGAAUUACGAUGGAUUCACAAAAAAUACAUUCCGAUAAAUAAUAAAAUACGAAAAUAACGAUAACCAGCUGUACGUUAUUUUAUUAUUAUGCAAAAAAUCGUUGUUUGUUCGAAAUGAGCCGCGUAUUAUGCAAAUACUCGAAAGGUUUCACACGUUCACACAAUCAAAUAUUAUCUAAUAAUAAUAUUAUAUAGCAGAGAUAAUCAAAUAGUCCGUUUAAUUUGAUAGUAAUUUUCCGUUUGUUUCGGUUUCAGGUGUUCAUCGAGAUGGCUAAUUUCAAGGAGUGGUCGUCGAUUUUGAUGAUUUAUCUGUUUGCGCACGUCGCUCAAUAUUGUUGGUAAGUAUAAUAAUAAUAAUAAUAUCAAAUAUUAUGUUAUAUACUACCGAAAAAUUACGAAAUCUGUUAUAAAUAAAUUAUGUUAAUUAUAAUACGUAUUGGUAUUUACCAAUAUUAUUUAGAAAUUAUUAUGAUUAUAAUUUGUUGUACGGUCGGCGUGUCCUACGAUCAUAAUGAAAUCUAAGUAUUUGGCAAAAAAAUAUAUUAUAAUGUUACCUUAAAUCGUGUCGGUGACAAUUCACAUUUUUUUUUCUUUUUCGAGAGCGAUUUUUAAUAACUGGGUGUAUUAUAAUAUUGACAGGUACCACAUACAAACUCGAAAUGUAUUUAAUAUUUAUAUUAUAUUAAAUUACAUUCAUUAUUUAGUAUUUACUAUACCAGCUUUUAUAAUAUACAAAUUCAUAACAUGCAGUUAAAGAAAAAUACAUUUUGUUUAAUAGCACAAACAUAGCAAACAAUGAAUGCGCUUAUUCUUCAAAAAAUGGUAAACACAACAGCAGAUGUCAACCAAAAGUCAACUAUAGGCAUAAAGAAAAAGAGGUUCUAGAUCAAAUCCUAGGCCCGGGAAGCUACGACGCUAGGAUCCGUCCAUCGGGAGUGAAUGGCACAGGUAAAAAUUUGAUUCGAAAUUAUUAUUAUCUUCUUAAUAUUAGAAUAACAUAACAGAAUUAUCGUUAAAAUGUUUUAUCCGAUGCUCACGACCAAAAUAAUAAUUUUUGUUAAUUUGUUUGAUACUUACCUAAAUAUUAUUAUUAUUAUUAAAAUACACGUAGGUAAUAUACGCCCGAAAUAAUGAAUUUAUUUUACGCAGAAACGAAUUCAUCAAUAUAAAUUACAAAAUGUGAAACGCGUUCAAAAUCAUAAUCUCAAUAAUAUUUUGUAAUACAUAUACACAAAAGGGCGAGUAAAAAGCCGGGGAGAAUUGAUUUUAUCGAGUGGGUUCAUCAUCGUAAUACAAAAGCGCAACUUAUUAUAAUAUUUUUCACCGGUUUUAUUAUUAUUAUACUCUAUGUACAUGUUUUUUUCCUCGCCCUUUAUUAUUAUUAUUUUUUUUUAAAUACUCUCACGUUCAAAAGUACUUUAGGCUUUUCGCCAAAUUGAAAAAGUCUACGAGUACCUACUCGUGCACAGUGCCAAAUUCUCUAUGUGUUAUAUUAUUAUAAUGUCUGUAUAAUACUUAUACGUAUAUUAUAUUAAAUCGGAGAGAAGGGAUGAUUUUACUUUUAACAAAAAGAAAAAAAAAACAAAAACAAAACAAAAUGGUCACUCUCGCUCGCGUUUUUCGCUAUAAUACUGUAUUAUCGUCUGCACGGGGUCUCCGGCUACUCUCGGAUAAUACGCAUAAUAUUAUUUUAAACAAAACAUAAAAUCAAUAGUUUAGUUUAUAAUAACAUAAAUCGACAAUUAUUACCCCUACUCGAGUAGUUCGUUAAUUUUUCACCGAAAUAAAAAUAUAAUCUACAAUAUUAGCAUAACGAAAAUAUUAUAGCACAUUCACACUAAAUUGUUACACAUUUUCGUUCACCUGUACCCAUAUAUUAUACCUUUGUGAUAAUAAUUCCUAGAUGGCCCGGUUAUUGUUUUUAUAAAUAUAUUGCUACGAAACAUCACAAAUAUUUCUGACAAAAAUAUGGUAAGUCGAAUCGGUUAAGCACAUUGGUUCACCAUAAUAUAAUAUUCAAUAUUAUUAUUGUUAUUAUUAUUAUUAUUAUUAUUAUUAUUAUUACAUUAUUUUCUAUAUUCGAACGAGAAACAUCACUAUUACAAUCAUAUUUAUAUUUUUUAGUUUUUUUUUUUUUUUUUUAUUACGAUAAUAUGGUUUACUAAAUAUUUUAUGCACCCUUAUAACCGCACUAUAUGCAGCUAUUAUGCAUACUAUACCUACCAUUAUUAUAUACGACUCUUAUUAUUAUUGGGUUACGUGUUCUUACGAAGCACUUUGUUUUAUUGUUUAAACAUAUAUAUGUAUACAUAAUAAUAUAUACAUUGUAUUUAUAUAUAUAUAUAUAUGUAUGUAUAUUAUAGCUAUCGAUUUAAUUCUCAAAAACAUCUUGUUAAACAAACGUAUUUAUUUUUUUUUUUUCUAAGCUGCGUGGUUGAGCAUCGCUACACUUUAUUUUAUUUAUUUAUUUAUUAUUUUUUAUUUUUUAUAAGUUAUAUACGAAUUUCAAUACACAUUUUGAUUAUUACGUAUUUCUUUUUUUUUAGAUUUUUUUUUCCUUUUUCAUAUAUAUAUAUAUAAACAUAUAAAAUCCGUUCGAUUCUAUUUCGACAAAAAACAAUAUACGUUUAUCGCGGAUUUACAAGCGUCUUAUACGCGAUUUAUACGACGGAUUUUUCAAUAUUCUACGCGUUGGCGAUCAUAAAUAAUUAUUGUAUUAAUAAUAUUGUCGUUUUAACACAGAUGACUCGUACAGAGUUAUUUCGAACACAAUCCAUUGAUAUUGUAGGUACCUAUAUAGACAUUUGUAUAUGUUAAUAAAAAAGAAAACAAAAUCCACCAAGCAGUGACUACUAAUACCAUAUUUUGUAAAAAGAAUAUUAUCGGUAAAUUCAUAAUACUAUUUAAUGUAGUACCUACUGCAUUACUAUACAUGUUGUAACUACCAAGGACGGGAUACUGUGUAGGAUUUGUACUUAUUUUUAAAGUGUAAACGUUUCUUCGGUAUUUAUAUCAGAGUCCAUUUUUAUUAAAAUUUAUAUUAAUUCAAUUUAAUUCUGAAUUUCGAGCGAUAUCUGUUUUGUUACCGUGAAAUUCUUUAACCAUUGAAACGUAAAACUCUAUUAUAUUGUUUUCUACGUGAUAAGUUUUCACUCAAAAGAGGAUACAUAUUAUAUUUUAAUCAAACUGUAAUAUAUUAAAAAUAAGGAUUUUUUUUUUACGAGUUUCAAACUGUCUGUUCAAAGACGCUCAAUAUGAUUUUUUUUUUUUUUAUGGUAUAUUUAAACAUUAUAUUUUAUUAUUGAAAAUGUGCUUAAUGCGAGAAUUUGAUGAAAAAAAAAACAAAAUUCUAUUGCCUUUGUGUCGAUUGAAACAAUAUACAAUAUCUAUAUUAUUAUCUUAAGCCUCCAUAUUAAGCAAAUCAAAAAAAUUAUAACACACAAUUAUUGUAUUUUGAACAAUAACAAAUUAUAUUAUACAAUAUAUAUUUAAAAUAUUUUAUAACUCCCUAGAUGGCCCAACAAUCGUGCACAUAAACCUAUUUGUGAGAAGUAUCAUGACAAUAAGUGACAACAAGAUGGUAAGUCAUCUUGUCUAGGUUGGAUGCUGGUAUUUUGAGCGAAAAAAAACGCAAUUUUUUGUUGUUUUAUAUAUUUAUUUUUAGAGAAACAAAUAUUUUAUUCUAUAUAAUAUAUACAUAAUAUGUGUUAUUUAUUAACGUAAACGAUACCGAUAAUAUAUUAUAUUGUUAAUUUGUAGAUGGUCCCGUCCGCUAUAUAUUUAUUAUGUUAUUAUAUUUACAAUAUUUUUUCCUAAAUCUUUCACCUGCUCUUGAUGACCGUUUUAUUUUGCAUUCAUAGCAGUUUUUAUUUUUUAUUUUUUGUACAUUACAUGGAAUGAUUGUGUAUAAAAAAAAAUAAACAAUUAUAUGUAUAUAUAUAAAUAUAUAUAUACAUAAUACAUAUUAUGCAAUAUAAUAUAAAUAUAUUACAUAAAAAAAAAAAAAAGAGUAUAAAAAAAAUAUACAUCUCUCGUAAAAGCGCAAAAUAUAAUAAUAAUAAAAUACACACACACAUACACAGUUUUUCAGAGUCCACGUUAAUUUAAAUAGCUUUUUUCCGGCUGGGUGUGUUUACUAUUAUAAUAUUAUUGCAAUUAUUAUUACUAUUAUUAUGUAUAAUUUAUAUUAAAAAAAGACAUAGCCGUUUUAUUAUAAUAUCGCUAAAUUAAUCAUUUUAUUAAUAUUAUUAUUGUACUACAUUACGCUUGUUGACUUAAUCGACGGAAAUCACACGACUCAUUCACAAACACACACACACACACACACACACACACACACAUAUACACAUAUUUUAAAUAAGUACACAAUUAUUUUAUUAUAUUCAUAAUAUUAUAUCGGGUCGUUUUAUUAGAUAGGCGCUAUAGAAUAUUAUAUUAUAUUUUUGUAUUAGUAACGCUAUAUAAUAUUUGUAAGCCAUAGCGUUGAAGUACUUACACUAUAUAAUAAAAUAUAUUGUUUCAGGAUUGACAGUACAUAAUAAUAUUUUAUUAAUUACAUUUAUUACACUAUACUCUUUUUUUUUACACCACAGAUAAAUCUAUAAUAUUAUAAUUUAUGAUAUCUUAAACGAGUCUUCGUAAUAAUGGCCAAGUCAAAAAUCGCCAGAGGAAAAUAUGGAGGCAAAAUAAAAUAUGGCCAGAUGAAAAUAUGGCCAAAUCGAAAUUGACUAUAGAAAAGCUAUGGACACAAUUUUUCCAUUUUUUGUCAUUUUUCGUCAUUUUUUCUCUAGCCAUUUUUUCCAUUGCCCUUAUAAUCAUCGGCUCUUUUUGAUUCGGACGUUAUUACCAACUACUAUCUAAAACAGGCGGCUAGGUUUGGUAAAUUCUUUAAAAACAUGUUCGUAAUUUAAUAUUGAUAGAUUUUAAUUUUAUUCGUUACGAUUGUUAAAUCUAAAAUGAAAUUUGUAUUAUAUACUCGGCACGCGUUAAGAGUGUGACCGGUCGCGCAGGCAAAUCAACUUCCUCCACCGGCAUUAUAGUCAGCCGUUCCCACUAUUUUAUAUGUAGUGCAACACACGUUAAGUGAUUUUGGUCGCGUAAUACAGUGUAUAUUGUUCAUAUUUAGAAAUAUGCUGUACAGCGGUAAUCAAAUACUCGGAGUACCAAUCAGCGGAUUUGUGGGCGCAACUUUAAGGGCUUUUUCUGUGUACCACGUUCUCAUUGGUCAAGUUCAGAUUUCCGCGUUUCUGAUUGGCCGAUUAAAACAACCCGCCUUAAUUUUGAAUUUUAUCUUGUUAUUAUUAUAUAAGUAGUAAAAUAAAAUUGCUAGGGGACUUCGGCCACCUAAUGGCCACAUUAAGCUACUGAACCAGAUAUUGUAAGUUACAAUAAUUAGUUUACCGAUUUAGUUAGACAUUAAUUUAAAAUAGUGAAGGUUCUUUCAAACGUGCAUAUACAGCGUAUAUGACCAAUACGGUUGUGUGAUAUAGAGCAGGAGUUCCGUGAUGUCCUGCCAUCCUAGGUUUCCUAUCACGCCAACCGAUCAUACUCUUAACGUAUGCCGAGUAUAGGUACUUAUUUUAUUUAAUAAUAUAAUAACAAUAUUAUACAUAUAUCGGUAUCAAAAACACUACCUAGGUACCUUUUUAUAGUUAUUUUCACUUACCACACGUAGACAAUAUUUACCCGAAUAAUAAAAAAAACCGACAAUAAUAAUAUGAACCUAAGUUAAUAAUUUACAUUUUUUAUUUACUUAUAAACGAUUAUAUAGUUAAACAUUUUAUAAUAAUUUUCUUUAUAUACGCUGUAACUAUCAAGUACUAUUAUAAACAAUUUAUCAUAAUUUAAUAAUUCUACAAGAAAAAAAAAACCCACGAAUGAAGAAACAAAAUAAUAGUAUUACGUGUCGCAAAUAGUAUGUCAAGACAUUAGAUGUAAUUAAUGUUUUUUUUAUUUACCCUUUUACCUACCUACCAUGCAAACUCGAUAAACGUUUAAAGUUAUGUAUUAUUUAAAAUUUCUAAAAGUAACUUUUUAAUUUAAUUAUACCCCCGUUUAAGCCAUUAUUUAAGCGGCUUUCUAGUUAGCUGUCGAGUAAUAAUUAUUUUAUAAAUCAUUUUUUUUUUUUAUAAAAUGUCGAAUUGUGACGAAAAUACUUUAUUAGACUUUUUUUUUUUUACUGAGUUGUCAAGAAUGCCCUCCUUCAAUCAAGGACACUUUUGUUCAGUUACUAAUUUUAGUACCUAAACUCAAGGAUAUUUCACUUUAUUUGUUAUAACGUUAUCUAAAUGAGCUUUACACAUAUACAACUUUAUACUAAUUUAACAAUAUUAUAAUUUUUAAAUUUUAUUCAGAUUUCACUAAAUAUAGUUAAAUAUUUUAUAGUAAAAACAUUUGCUAAAAAAAUUAACUUUACCUAUUGUAUCUUCUAAUAAUUUAUUAUCUAAAAAAUAAAUCACAACACGAAGUUUUAUGAUUUUAUCUGCUUCGAUUUUAGAUUUUAGAUUUUAACCGAUCUAACUAUACCUAUAAUACCGAUUUUAUCCUAUUAAUUAAAUUUGUCUUUUCAUCAAAUUUACAAAUUUGGAUUCCCAGAUUAGGAUUUAAUUUUUACAAUAACGUUUUAUUUAAAAACUGAAUUUAAAAUGUCAUUAAAUAUAAUAGUACAAGUGAGUGAACCUAAUAAGGUUUUGAAAACGGUAGGUAGGUAAUUGAAAUCGUAGUUUUCUAUAGACUCACUGUAUUUUCAAUAUAAAUGCAAAUGUGCACUGCAGUUAAAACCAAGUUCCACUUCCGUUUCUGUUUCGCAUUAAUUCUGGAAUGUUGAAUAAAAACGAUUUUAUUUUAUUUCACAUACAUUCUAUUAUCAAUUUUAAAAAGUAGGCAUCUAAUGCGGUCAACCUUUUUUUCUCUAAACUUUAAUAAUGCGGAUUAUAUAGGCAACUCAUUUAGUUAAAAAAUAAAAAGUUAUUAAUAUAUAAUUCACACGUACCGUCAUUAACAUAUUUAAUUAUAUUUAUUGCAUAAAACAAUAUUUAAGAUUAAACUAUUUUUUUUAAUAUUAUUUCUUCUUUUAUAACCUAAUAUUUUAUGUAUUUAUAAUUUUUUUUUUUUAAAUCAAAAUUGUAAUCAAUUUUACUUAAUUAUAAUAAUAUUAUUCAACGGAAAAAUAAAUUGAUGAUUAUUUUUGUUACGGCCCUAAUAAAAUAUUGCUUAUAGUUAUUUGUAGAUAUUUUAUACUUAUUUGUAAUAUAAUAUUAUGACAAGACAUACAUACUAUAUUAUACUGUACCGAAUGCAGUAUGAAAAAUUAGUAACUCCCUUUAUAAAAAUUCAAAAAACCUAAUUCCUCACUGCAAGGUCACUUUAAUUUAUACGCAAACAAUUUGCCAUGAUAGUUAUGUACAUGCAUCUUAUUGUACGUCCAUCGCACAACCUGUAAAAUUCGAAUCCCUUAAGACAUUAAUAUAAAUGUAAUAAUAUUUUAUUAAAUACCUAUAGUGAAUGGCCUCUAACGAAUAGCACUAGAAUUUAAAAAAAUAUAUAUAUAUAUUAAAUAUUAUACAUAGAACUUUUCCCGCCAUAUUAUAUUUUAGGUAACUAUUGAGUUUAUUUUUGAUUUUAAUUUAUUUGGAUAUUAUUUUCCUUUAAAAACAAUAUAAUAUGUUAUGUAGUAUGCUGAUUUGUUUUUUCUAACCGCUGACAUUAUUUUGUCGGUAUUUAUUGUAUCCCGCAGGCGAAGCUCCCUGCAUUGUGUUUGUCAACAUGUUGGUACGGUCCAUCAGCAGAAUUGACGAUUACAAAAUGGUGAGUCGGGUGAUGGCCUUAAAUAAUUUUUGUUGGAUUUAUUAUAAUGUUUUAUAAAAUAUAUAUUAUUAUUUGGUUUUCUGUUGUGAGAUUGCGCCCAGUUUAUUUGCGGAUUUUAUGUUUGUUUUCAUGCCCGUAGGAAAAAAAAAUGUCUUGACCAACAGCAUCACUAUACCUAAAUUACACAUACGUAAUCUUAAUUCAAUUAGGUCCAGGGGUUUACUGCUGCUCGUCUGAUACAUGUUGAUCAAAUUCGAGCUCUGGUUAAUCAAUCCACUUGACCGAUAUAUUAAUAUACAGUAUAUGAGGUAUAACUCAUAUACCUGUUUAAUUCAAAAUGAAAGCUUUCUAUUGAAAUUUUAUUUCUGUUGGACAAGAUGAACCGAAAUUCUAUACGAAAUAUAUAUUUUUCUUUAUAAAAGUUUGAUUUUCGUUACUACUCUGAACUCGUUACUUACUUGUUUUCAUUUUUAUUAUUAUUAUCAUUUAUUUAUAUUUUUUUAUUAAAUGCAUUGAAAUGGUGUGUGUAUUUAGGCAAUUUUGUGUCUUGUAAAUAAAUACAUACAAUCAUACAUUUACACAUAAUACAUAAUAAAUAUAUAUAUAUAUAUAGAUAAAAAGAGAAAAAGAGUGGGUGGGCUAGAGCUAGAAUAUUAGUCUGAUACAAAUGAAGAAUAAAUACCAGAGGUUAUUCCCGUUUUCCCAGAUAACUUUAACAAGUAACCAUAACGAUAUGUUAAUUUGCGUGUACAUAUAUAAAUAUAACUUCUCGGCAAUGUUGUUAAUUGGGCAAAAACGAUAACGAAUAUUAGUCCGAAGAUGAAUGCAAAGAGUGAGCGGUUUGGAAGUUUGACCCCCGAGAAAAUUAUUGAAUCAGUUAUUCUUAAAAUUUUCAAAAGCAGAAUUAAUAAAAAUAUAAUAAAUAAUUGUUAACAACUAAUAUUAAUUAUUAUUUUUUUCAUCAUACCUUCCCCGAAAUUUGUCUAUGUCCGCUAUUACAAUGGCGAGACAAUGAUGAUAAGAUAAUCCAAACAAUAAGUAAAGUAAUUAUAUUAUUUUGAUUAUCUUAUUACAUCUUUGAUUACGAAUCUCGAAAGCUGUCCAGAAAGCAAACCGACAAUAUUACUUAUUGCAUAUUAGUUUCACCAACAUCGGCUUCCCGUUAUGUUUACUUUAUUAUUAUGUGUUACCCGUAGUAUUCCUAUAAGUUAGUAGAAAGGUGAAGUAGGUUUUUUUUCCCCGGGGACUCACUUCUGGUUUAGUAAACUUGCGGUACCAAGAAAAAUCCAUUUUACGUGCCACUAAAUUAUAAUAAUAAUACUUUUUAAUAAAAUACUUUAAUUUUUAUGCAUCAUAUCUAUAUAAGUGGCUUUCUUUUUCUUUUUUUUUGAAAAUAUUAUCAAACAAAAAAUUAUUUAUGCUAUUUUUUUACAAAACCUAAAGUAUUCUUUUAUUUGACAGUAUUUUUAAAAAAAAUAAACCCUAAAAAAUAUUAUCCUAUUUAAACUUUGUGUUGUCAUCCAUGUUUAAACUUUAAUUUUAACGUAAACUACACGAUUUAAAUCAUAUUCUAAAUAAAGUAAUUUUAGCUUUUAUAUUAUGUUGCCUACUAUAGUUAAGCCAAAACAGUUGAUGCUUUUUUUUUGGAGGAGGAGUUAUUAAUUUCAAACAAAUUUCUAAGCACGUAUUAGAUUAACAAAUCUCAAACAUCGGGGGAGGGAGAAGUUAACCCUUCCUUGGGUUUACCUCUACUAAUAUAAUAUAUUACAUUAUAAACCUGGUUUAUAAAAUAAAAUACAAAUUUUAGGAGGGCCCAGUCAGUGUUGCGCAAAGAUAACUAAAAAUUUAUCUAAAUAAAGAUAAAAGAUAAUUAGAUAAAAUUUACCUAGAUAGGGAUAAAAGAUAAAACACUAUUUAUCUAGAUAAAAAAAGAUAAAAUUGUUUUAAUUGUAUUAAUUAAUCUACAAAUUUUUUUUCAAUUUAUACUAGAUUCUACAAUCUACAAUUUCUAUUAGAAUUUAGGAAUAACAUAAACAAGCGACCCGGAUAAUAUUAUUACCUAUUACUUUAUAUUUUUAAUUUUGUUCUCUAUUUGUACGAGGUUGGUUUACCAAUGAGAUGUGAGUUUUAAUUUUCAAGUUCAAUUUUUGAUUUCUCGUAUAGAUGUAUAUAUUUAUUUAUCUAAAUAAAUUACGUUAGAUAACUCUAUUAUUCAUCUAAAAUAAUUUAUCUGAUAACUAUUUUUUUUUUUUUUUACUUUCUAGGCAAGAUAAAAGAUAAUUAAUUAUUUAGCCAGAUAAUUUAUUUAGAUAGUGCUCAACACUGGGCUCAUUUCCCAUAACUCUAUCAAUCUCCGCUUAAGAUCUUUUUAUAAGUAUGUAUAUAAAAUAGAUGUUUUGAGGCCCGAAUAUAAGGAGUGAAAUCUGUGGUCAAUUUCGCUCGGUCUUAACACUAUACUUGUAAUAAUGUGUAUUAUCAACAUUGCCGCCCGACGUAUUGCUACGCCAAUUUUAUGAAAACUGCUUUAAACUUUAAUACUAUUGAAUAGAUGCCAACGUUUUCAAUCAUUAUCCGGCAAUAAUAUAAUUAGGUAGGUAUAUAUAAUAACAUAUGCCCCCACUGUAUUAAAACAUGUUAUAAAUAUAUUAUAUGUAUGUAUGUAUGUAUGUAUGUAUAAAAAUAUAUAUAUAUAUAUAUAUUUAUAUUUAUUUAAUUAUAUUAUACGAUAUCAUGCUAAGUAAUUUUACUUUUAUGAAAAUCCAUUAAGUUCAAAACCAUUUGUGUAGAAAUGAAAUUUGUGUGCACCUUUAUUUUUAUUUUUUAUUUAUUUAUUUUUUUUAAGUUAAAUUUAUUAGGGCACUUUCAAAGUGAUAUUUGUUUAAAAAAAAAAAAAAAAAAAAAAAAAAAAACAAAGUUUUCCAUAUAUAUUUUAAAUAUAAUAUGCCGUAACUUUAUUCUAUGCGAAAAACAAAAGAUAACAUGCGUUUUACAAUGGAAUAUCAUCGUUGUUAUAAAAAAAAAAAAAAACGAAAAAAAAACCGUUUAAAGUUAUUUAUUUCGUUGUUAAAAAUAUUUCACUAACUCGUUCCAAAACUUUGUUUCGGUUUAUAAUAUUAUUUAGUAUAUGUGACAAGUCGGUUUCUCUGUUUUAAGUGUAAUAUUUUUUUGUUUCCACAAACUCUAUAGCUGUUAUAAUAUUCGUGACCGCAUUUACAUUAAUAUUCAUAAUAGUUAAAGACAAAUUCACACCAACAACCAAUAUAAUAAACGUACCUGCUAUAAUAACAAGAGAAAUAUACACGUAUAUUAAAAAGAAAGAAAAAAUCAUUCCUCGCUUUCAGAAAAAUUUUGCUGGGUUUCGUAUAGAAAAAAAAAUCAUUACUUAACUAGGUACCCAUUCUCUGGUGUGUGUCAGAUGUUUCGGCUAUUCAUACGGAAACAGACAAAAAAAAGUCCAUAUAUAAAUGCUUUUGUUGGUUUUAUUGAAAUGCAUUUAUUUUUUUUUAUUAUUAUAUCAAUAUAUUAUGACUGUCACCUGCCUCACUGUUUUUUAAUCUGUAAUUCUCUGCGCCUCGGAUGUGUAUCUAUGACGAUAAUAAAUAAUAUUAUUGUCCGACAACUUAUUUUAUUUUGCAUGCUUUUUGUACGAUCCGCUAUUACAAUGUAUAUUUUAUUUGCACGUCUAUUAUUAUACAUUACUAUUAUGUUGUUUUACGCUUCAAUAUCUCCACGCAUCAUUUAAACGCUCGUUUCCACCAUGAUUUUAUUAUUAUUAUUAUUAAAAUGCUUUUUGCCGUUGCAAAUUGGUUUUCGACGGCCAGAGGCCAAUAAUAUUAUUGCAUUUUUGAAUGAAUUUUGGUUACACGCAUGCUACUUUGUGAUUUGUUUAAUGUAUAUAAGUAAUAUAUAUUAUGUUAUUAAUUUAAAAAAAAAAGAAAAUCACGCGCCUCCCGGGCGAAACUAUACACGGCGGCGGACAAACGCGUUUUGUAAUAUUAUUCGCCCGGGAUUCGCUCAGAGACGAUGAUAGACACCAACCGCGAUGAUUAAAUCGGUGCACGUUUUCGUGUUUACGGGGCCGGGGGACCGGUGUAAAAAGUCGUUCCUGACGUCUAAUAUAUGAAAAAUAUGUAAAUUCAAAAAAAAAAAAAGUUUUAAUUAUAAUAAUAGAUGGUGUCCACCUAUAUAAUAUUAUAUUACAUUUUUACUCGACACGCAGUCCGAAAUAUUCGCAAAACGUUUCAGGCAUAGGCAGUGGCGUGCUCAGCAAUGUUCAACGGGACAGGAUACAGAAAAAAUAAUGAUUGUGAAUAAAUCGUAAGAAUCUUCUUUACCCAACUGCAGGCAAAUCAAAAGCCAAUUUUCCUUGGCCAAAAUACGUACAUUAUACAUUUCAAGAUUAAAUUACUAAAUAAAUAAAUAUAAUUGCUAUAACUUUAAGCCAAUGGGGAGGAGAAAGAAUAUAACUCACAACCUUCCUGCUAUUGUGCACGCCACUGGGCAAAAGUAUACUACAAUAGCAUUGUUUUUCCGUUAGAUUUUAUUAUUUUACCGCGUUUUUAAAACGAAAGUACAAUAAUGUAGUUCCUGCCUCCUAUCUGUUCGAUAUUAUAUAAUAAAUAUAUAUAUAACCACUCUCGGAAUACACUUUAUUCUUUUAAUAAUACAGAAUGAUCCAUUUACCAUGAAUCGGCGAUUUUCUCGAGGGACGUUAAGCGAAUUUAAUUUCUGGUCAUUAUAUGGAUCAGUUUAAGCUUUAUUUUAACGCUAUUUUAAAUCACCCCUACUCGUCACACCUAAAAUACAUGUUCAAUUUUUACAUUUUCAAAUAGAAACCUCUCUACUUUUGAAACACAGAUUUGAAUAGAAAAUAUUGUGUUGUACAUUUCGGUAUGCAUUCCACUAGUAUCGGAUUUACCAUUUAUAACAAUUUAAAAUUUAGACUGGGUGAAUAAAAAGAGGUAUAAUAACCUAACCUGGUAAUAGAUAAUGACGAUUAAAUGUACCGUUUAAACUAGUUCGUAUUAUCAAUUUUCAGAUGAUAAAUUUGUUACCCUUCCUUACUCCUCUGAUUUAAACUUUAAACUGUUAUAAAUUUAAAAAAAUUAUUUCUAUUUUCAAAAUUGAGGAUUGCUAUUUUACGAUCUUAAAUAUAUAAUAUACUCAUUUAAGAGAGUAGGAUUGAAAAAUUGAAAAUAGAAUCAAAAUAAAGCUCGAACGAUUCCAAAAUGAUUGAAAAAAAAAACAGAUGUCAAAUUCACUUCAAAUUCUCCAAAGUGACUGCUGGUUUAUGAUAAAUGAAUCAUUCUGUGUACCAGUGUUAUGUGUACGUCUAUACGUUAUCGUCCCGUGAAUGCGCUAUAAAGUGCACGAAACAUUGUUGUCAGACGUGUGCGAAUAUUUUACACCCUCGUAACCCCGGCCUCGAAUGUGUUGUUGUCGCCUCACAUGAAUAAAAAAAAAAAAAAUUUUUUAUUAUAUAAUAUUUCUAAACGUGUGUUUUGUGUGUUAGGAAUACAGUGUGCAACUGACAUUUCGUGAACAAUGGAUGGACGAGAGACUCAAAUUCAACGAUUACAACGGUAAAUACAAUAAUAAUAAUAAUGGAAAUCACUAGAAAAACGAUGCCCACCGCUAAAAGCGAACCCGUUGAAAUAGAUACUUGUAUACAGUUGUGUCUGUUCUCGUGCAGUCCGACACACUAAUGGUUAAUGGUUUAUAAAGGUCACCACACAAUACAGGGUGUGCCACGAAGAUUCGAAGAAUUAAUAAUUUUUUAUGUAAUAAUUAAGUACCUACUAAUACCUCGUGCUAUAAUUCUUUCUAUUUUUUUUACAUUAGCCUAGAGAGCCAUUUUAGAAAUAUUAUUUUGAAAUAAAAUGUUGGUGUUCUAAAUACUUACUAAUAAUGAAUUGUUAAGUUUUUAGAGUUUUUUUAAGUUUACAAAAAUUAUUUUUUAUAAAAAAUUCGUGAAUCGAUUGAUAUUAUUUAAUAGCAGUUAUGAAAACAAUUUGAAUUAUCUUAAAAGUCAAUAAAUAAUAUCAAUCGAUUUACUAAUUUGUUCACCGAAAACAAUUUUGUUCGUGAAACUUUUAAACUUCAAAAGAUUGUAAAAACUUAACGAUUCUAGCUGGUAGUACGAUAGUAAACAUCUGAAAAACAAGUAUUUUGUUUCAAAAUAUAUUUAUAAACGGAUAUUGGAUAUUGUCAUCCUAGACUUUUUUAAAAAUUUUUUAGAAAUUUCAGAUUCUGAAUGUAGCGAAGAAUGUAUUGGUUUUACUAAUAUGUUUAUUUUUUUAUACUGUGUACAAAAAUUCUACCAGAAAUCUUGCUCAGAUAUUUAUGCACGGCAUCAUUUCUGAAAAAAAAUAUUGUCCAGAUGGUAUUUUCAAGUGGUCAUUUUUUUAGUUUUCCAUGUGGUUUUCAUAAUAUCAGGGAAAAACCAGGAUAAAACGUAAAAAAUACGGGAAAUUCUCAAAAAUAAUGGUUUUAUUAUUUUUCAAUUUUUCAAUUAUUUGUUGUAAUUCAGUUAAAAAUACUUGUAAAGACUUGAAAUUUGAACAGAAAUAUUUUUAUAAAUUUAUAUUUGCUUUUUCUAGACGUGGUAAAUUUUCAAAUAAUUUAAGCCAUUUUUGAGCUAUUUAUAGACAUUUUAAUUUUGUGAAUUUUGUACGUAAUUUUUCUUCGGUACGUACUCUUUGGUAAAAUUGUUAGACUUAACAAAAAUGCUUGAAAAUUUAACAAGAGUUCAUUAAGAGUCGUACUUUGUGGUGAAAAAAAAAAUCAAGUUUAAUGUACUAUUUUUUUUUAUAAGGGAAUUUUAAUAUCAGAUUUUAACGAAAAUUGUUUGAGUAAAAAAUUAUAUGGAACAAAUCUAAUUUUUCAAUUAUUUUUUUUUGAACAUAUGCAUAUUGCCGAUUUAAGAACGAUGGUGAAGUCAGAAUUGAGCGGAUUAAGUUUCGAAAUUAUUGCUUUUUAAUGUUCUGAUAUUUGCGAUUAUUAUGUUAAAUAACUAAAUAUUGUCUUCUCUAAAGUUUGUUUGUCGUAGUUAAAUAACUAUUUUCAUCUUAGGGUUCGCGAGUUCGAACUCGUGUUUCAAAUAAAAAUUAUUUGUAUUUUUUUCUCUUCUACCUAAACGGGUAAAAACCAAAUGCAUUUUGGGUAUACGUAGGACCUAAGCCAUCUCUUGCUCGGAUUAUUUUAAUCGAAAAAUACCCCUCGAUUUGUUGUACAAACUUUUCUACCAAACAUCUUGCUCCGAUUUAUUAAGUGUGGCUUAUUUUCUGAAAGGAAAUUUUAUCACCAUGGUAACUUGAGGAGGUCAUUUUUUGUUUAUCCCAGGAGUUUUUCCAAUAAAUGAGAAAAAACCGGAAGAAAACGUGGGAAAACCGUGAAAAACGCAAGAGAAAUGGGAAAAUCGGUAGAAUAUUAAACACAUAUUAUUAAAGAAAAUGUAUAAUGCCUAUUUAAUUAUUUUACUACAAUAUGACACAUAUAUGUUGACAAAGCAUCACUAUAAACUGAACUACGCUCAGAAUCAUUUUUUCAUUAGUAAUAGUUUAUCGUUACUUACAGAUGUACAUUAAAUUACUUAUAACAGUGGCUGCACCCGACCCCAUUAUCCAAGGACGUCUUUUUUAUAUUUAGUUUGAAAAAAUGUAAAAUAAUGAAAGUAUAGCGCAAGACUUUGGUUAUAAAUUUAAAAAAAAAAAAAUAUUGAACAGAACAAAAGUUAUUGCAUUUGUUAAAUCUUCGUGGGACAUUUCUUUAUAAUGAUUUAUAACAUAGUCAAAUACGUAACGAUUCGCUAACAUUUAUUGUGCAAUAGUUAUUUACGAUUCUACGGAUAUUUGUUAGGCAAUGACGUAAUUUAAAUAUUCAAUAGACUGAUAUAUUAAUUAUCUAUUGUAUUUUAAAACUUAAAAAACCAUGAAAAAUGGCCGGAAGAUUGGAUAAUUGAAAAUUUGACAACGUGGAGUACUUAUCUGUGUGAGGGCAUACAAAUAAUACCUAUAAAUACAUUUUGAGAUAUUUUGAAAUUUUUUCUCAGACUCGAGAAUAUAAUAUCAAUGUCAAAAAUAUCGAACCUUACCUUGGGUUAAGAUAAGAGUAAAAAUUUAACCAGGCUAAAUGUCCAAAAUUAAACGCCCCACACCUCCAAAUUACACUAAUGUUGGCUUUUUGACAUUCCGAAAUCAAUUUUUCUUCAAUUAUAUCCACUUCGAUUCAUAUAGAUGAAUAAUGUUAUAACUUAUAAUACGCGUCCUGGAAAUGAAAACAAUGACACCUUUAUUAUUGUAUCAAUUUGUUUUUAUAGACUUCUCCAUGACACGCGUAACAUCUAAAAAACACGAAAUAAUUAUGUUAUUUUUUUUUUGCAAUGUAUGAUAAAUUAAAACACUAGACUUCAUAAUAUACUACAAAUUUUGAAUGUCAAUACAAUCCAAUUUUGUUUCCGUGUUUGGUUAGGUAAAAUGAAAUACCUAACUCUGACCGAAGCCAACCGAGUGUGGAUGCCCGACUUGUUUUUCUCUAACGAGAAGGAAGGCCAUUUUCAUAACAUAAUCAUGCCAAACGUUUACAUCAGAAUAUUCCCCAACGGAUUAGUACUGUACAGUAUAAGGUUAGAAUGCCGAUGGCGCCGAAUGAAAACAAAACCGUAAUACAAUGUAACGUGAUUUUAUUAUUUAUUCAGGAUAUCUCUCACCCUGUCGUGUCCGAUGAAUCUCAAAUUAUACCCGCUGGAUCGUCAGACGUGUUCACUCCGAAUGGUCAGCUGUAAGUCUCAACUAAUAAUAAUACAAAUAUAAUUCAGUUGUCUUCUUGUGUUUCAACAAAUAAAUCACACGUGCUUUGAAUAUUGUUUGUCCAUCAUACAUAGACGGUUGGACGACUGACGAUUUAGUAUUCUUAUGGAAAGAAGGCGAUCCCGUUCAAGUGGUGAAAAAUUUGCACUUGCCCAGAUUUACUUUAGAAAAAUUUCUCACGGAUUACUGUAACAGUAAAACUAACACAGGUACGUCGUAUAAAGCGUUCAAAUAAAUAAUAAGCAUACAAUUUUUUAAUUUUACAGUAAUCGGAAGUUAACUAAAUUCAUAUAAUAAUGCGUUAGGUUAUAGAAUAACGUUUGUAUUCUAUUUUGAUAAAUAAAAAAAAAAAUAACAUUAACCCUUAACCAGUAUUCAUUAUAAUAUACAAAUAUGCUACGUAUAGAUUAUAUACAUUUAAAAAGUAUACAACGUUCAAGAAGUAUAUACGGGCACUUAGUUGAAGUACAACGACAACAUGUUAUUAUUAUGCCAGGGAAAAAUGUGUUUCUAAUAUUUUUAUUUUUAUUUGUUGCUAUUAUUUAUGUACCUACGUUAUCUGACAGGUUUGAAUUUACAUAUUAUAUUGUGUAUCUCGUCUAUGUCAGCGAUACAAAACAUGAUAAAAUAUUAUUGUAUAAUUUCCAUUACAUCAAAAAACUCGAUUGGUUUUUUUUUUUUUUUCGGAGUAUAAUAUUGCGUAAACACCACUACAUUUAAUUAUCAUGUCUGCCUCUCCUGCGCACAACAUUACAUACAAUCUGAACAGUUUAAAAUAAUUGAGGUUAUUUUUAAAAAAUACCUAAUUUUGUUCCAUUUAGGGCAAUAAUUCGUAACACAUACAACUAUAAAUAAUUGAAUACGACUUAAGGUAUAGCUUCGCGCAGUACAAACGCGUGUAGCCUCAUUAAUAUCCAACGGUUAAUCGUUGAUUAAUAGUUUCGAGUAUAACACCACAACUGUAAAAUAUAGUAUGCAAAUACGAGGAAAUUGAAUGAGUAAUUUGAUUUGGAAAAAUGAUAGAGAAUAGAUUAAUACGGUGUGGGCAUGUUGAAAGAAGAAGAAAUAGUGAUUGGUUAGAUAAAUAUACGGUAAUAAAGAUGAGUGAGAUGAAAUUUAUGGAUGGAACCUAUUGGAAACUAAGAAAUAUGUGCAAGCUAAAACAGGGUGACUAGAGAUUAUCCGAGAAGAUUUGUGUGAAGUAUAGUACAUACAUUAUGAGGUAGAGACAUGGACAUUGUUUAAAGUGGAAAGAAAAAAGAUCAAAACAUUAAAAACAAAUGGCGCUGAAGAAGAAUGCAGCAAAUGCUUUGGACAAAAAAAGUUCAAAAUAAAAUGAAUGAAUGAACGGGCAAUAAGAAUGAAUGAACGAAAAUUAAUAUUGAAACCAAUCAAGGAAAAAAGAAAAAAGUGAAUUGGACACAUAAUGAUAAACAAUGAAUAACGACAAUAAUGGAAGAAAAGUUAGUGGGAAAAGAUGGAAGAGGUAUAGAUCAAGAACUCUAAUUAUAAAAUAAAUUGUUCAAGGCUUAGGAAAAAUCACUUAUAAAGAACUGAAAGUAGCUGUGGUGGAUAUGGACGAGUGGAGGUCUGUCCAGUUCACUAAACGAAUCUGAGAAUUUAAAAAAAAAUAAAAUAAAAUAAUCCAGGACAGGUUCAAUUAAGUUAUAGUAUAUGCAAUUUAAUUGUAUUUAAGAUUUGUAUUUAAAUAUGUACGAUUUUGCGUACCCAUCAUUAUAAUAUAAUUUUCCACCUUAUACAAGAUUACUAAAUUAAGGCUUACGAACUAAAUUUCUCAAACAUAUUUUUUCUUUCUUUUUUUCCAUAUUUAUGUUAAAUUAUUUAAUAUCGACGAGAAACGCAAAUUUUCGAUGGUAUUUUAUAUUUGACUGAUAAACUGUUCGAUCAGAUAUUUCGAUCACUUUUUUCCACUUGCACACUAGGCCACACAAUUUUCAUGACCAGGUCGCCCAAUACAAAGUGUACGGUAUACCGUGUACCUUGUAUCGGUAUACCAUUGUAAUACCAACGAAAAAAUAAUAACCAAUGUAACAUUAUUCUGGCAAUGUUCCCGCAGGAGAGUACAGUUGUCUGAAAGUGGAUUUGCUGUUCAAACGAGAGUUCAGUUACUAUCUGAUCCAGAUCUACAUUCCGUGUUGCAUGCUGGUCAUCGUGUCAUGGGUGUCGUUCUGGCUGGACCAGAGCGCGGUGCCGGCGCGCGUGUCGCUGGGCGUCACCACGCUGCUGACGAUGGCCACGCAGACGUCCGGUAUCAACGCGUCCCUGCCACCCGUCUCCUACACCAAAGCCAUCGACGUGUGGACGGGAGUAUGCCUGACGUUCGUGUUUGGGGCCCUGCUUGAGUUCGCCCUGGUCAACUACGCGGCCCGUUCGGACAGCCAUCGCGACGAAAUGAGCAAAAAGUGUGAUUUGGAGCGCACUGUAUCGUUGGACGUGGGCGACUACGAGGACAAUCCGAAUAAUACAUUCAAUAUGGUGAGAUCGAAUAGUACGGUGAGCAUUGACCGAGCGCGGAGAACUGGCGGGUUCGAAGCGCUUCAUUUACUUUCCAGCUUUUUAACUUUUAAUUUUUUUUUUUUUUUUUUGAUUUUAUUAUUUUAUAAUUAUUAUUUUUUUAUUAAGUACGUAAAAACAAAACAAAACAAAACAAAAAAAAAGCAACAAAAUCACGAUAAAACGAUAUUAUUAUUGCAUUUGAUAUAACAAUAGAAAAUAACACAUUUCUACAUUUUAAUUAUAUCGAACUAAUAUUAGGUAGGUUUAUUACCUUGUUUUUUUUUUUUUUUUUAAUAUUAAAUUAUCGACCGAUUUUAUUGUAAUAUUUUGCCAAGGACUAGUAACUACUUAGUUUAUAAUUAUUUCGUUAGUCCAAGAUUAUAAUAAUAAUAAAAGCAUUCAAACGUUAUAGUACGGUGCACUACACAUCAGGGAUGAAUUGGCUCCCUCCCCCCCCCCUCAUGUCUCAUUCACUCUUCAAUUUCCUCUUAGUCCCGUUAUUAUCUUAGUUUGAUUCAUUAUCGAGCUCGUCAUCAGUGUGCGCCUUAUAUAAAUUAUUAAAAUCGCCUCCCCCGGUAUCUUAAUUGUACUGGAUCCAUCCUCGCUACACAGUCGCCAAUAGUAUUGUUAUUUAUGAUGCAUUUUCUCCCGUUAUCGUUCCUAACUUUAUUCGAUAUUAUUAAGAAUACGCACCAAAAAGUCGAGAUGAAAGUCGAUUCUUGUUGUCGAGAAUUUCUCAAAACCCUCCGAUCCGUGUAUGUGACAAAAUACAAAUACCUUAAAUACAUUGUUCCUCCCCCGCGGACAAAACACACCUGCAUAAUACGGUACACCGAAUAGACCAAUUAUACUAAAAUGUACGAUAAAACUGUUUUCGAAACAAAAUAAAAAUCAGAGAAUCGAAUUCUCUUCGGUUAUUAUUAAAUUAAUCAUUAUGAAUGUUAUAAAAAUGCAGUAAGAGAUAAACAAAUAAUUAUAUAGCUGAUUUGCAGUGAUUAUAACGUGUAUAUAUCUAUAACUUAUAUGUAACGUAUCGAAUUCAAAAUUAUAGUAGAAAGAACGGUAAUUUUCUGAUGUACAAUUUUUUAUCUAUACACAUGUAUACAAUAAUUUCCAUAAAAAAAAAAAAACAAAAAAUAGAUCAAACACUAGUGUAAUGCUCGAGCACAUAUUAUUAUAUUUUAUUAUACUGUUGUAAUAAUUGUUUUUGUCUUAUUUUGCUGAUUGGUCCAACCUAUUAAUAAACAUAGAAACAAUCAGUGCAAUUUUGUGAAAUAUAGGCAUAACUACUACUACUAAUAUAUAAUGUAUGUAUGCUCUUGGUUAUGUUAGUUCGAGUUUAGAAUAUUUUUAUUGAUAUAUUGUAGUGCAGCAUGCACAUAUAAAUUUAUAUGAUUUAAUUUUUAUGUCCUGAAUCGAAAUUCACCACGUUAUAUCAUUAUGAUUUAUAUAUUGCCCUGAAUAUUUGCCAGUUUAUUUUGUUUGCAUUUACUAUGGUAUAUCGCGUCGUACUUGCAAAAUUUUAAUUUUUUUUUUUUUUUUCAUAUAUAUAUAUAUUUUAUUUUUACAAAAUAUAAUUUAAUUUAAAUAUUUAUUCAUUUUUUCGUUUAUUUACAAACGAAUUUUAUUUAUUAUUUAUUAUUGUUAUUAUUUAUCAAAUGAAAAGCUGGGAAUCAAUGUUUGCAUUAUCCGCAUGAUGGUCUGCAUCCUUUAUAAGUUAAAACAGUUUCUAUAUUAUGUCACCUAUACGCCUCCUCGCGAAAAUAAUAUGUUAUCAAUAAUAACUGUUAUUGAAAUAUAGUUCUGCGUUUUUUUUUUUUUAUUAUUAGGGGCCUGGUACCAACGCUUUUUUCCUCAAAAACGUGAUGUCUUACGGGAAAAAUUCUCAAAAAAUGUUAACAUUUAUUUUUUUAAUUGAAAAGAGGAAGACUACCUACAGUCCACGUAGGACUGUAUUUCUAUAUUUCAAUCUCAAACUUUAUAAUGUCAUUUAUUAUUUUUUUUAAAUUUUAAAAAAUCGGAAAAAAUGUGAAAAACCGGCAUCGGGCCCUUUAAUAUAAUAUUAUUAAAAAACGAUGCAGUAUAACCUACAUAUUUAGCUUAUCGAUGUAAUUAUUUUACAAAAAGGAAAAUUAAAAUUUAACCGUUUUGAUCGUCUCGUUACAAUAUUCCACGUUAACUAUUAUUAAAAAAAUUAAUAAUAAUCCUUUUUGCUUUUUUCAAUUGCGAGGAGCGCGAGUAUUGCCCACGAAAACAAUCUGGUUAAUGCGAAAGCUUGACACUAGCCCGAUUGUUUUUUUUUUGCCAAUCGUACCUAUAAUAUAUUAUUAUAAUAUUAUAGUUGACGAAAAGUGCAUAUUAUAAAAUAUUUACUUACGUUUUCAAUACCUAUGUACCUGUAAUAUAAUAUUUUGUUGUUUUCCUUUAAAACGCGACCAACCACCGCCCUUUAUUCAAUGGCGGAUCAAAAGACAAGUGCCAUCCUUAAUUUUAUCAAUAACUAUGCCUAUUUUAUUUUCUGUGCGUUGCGAUGAAUGCAAUUUUCACGUUAAAUCGGAUAAUACAACCUGCAGAAUCAAAAUCGUGCAUUUACUUUUUGAGUUGUUAACGAUAAACCAAUAAAUGCGUAGUCAAAAACCACACAUUUCGUAAAAAAAAAAAAAAUGAAAAUUACACUUUAGCCCCCUAGCCCCCUAAAAAUCCGCCUAUGAUAAGUGCUCUGACCGUAAAUGGCUUGUCGGAUCCGCCCUUGUCCAUAUUCACGGCGGUGAUGCGUCCGCGAUGGACCUCGCGAUACUUUAAUCCGCACCGUGUUUCCAGAAGCCGUUGAUGCGUCCCGAGUUGAUGAUGUCUAGGGACAAAAUGAGCCAGAUCAUCCAUCAAACGCCUCCGAUGGAGAAGACUUCGUGCUGGAAAUCGUGGAUGUCCAAGUUCCCGUCCAGGUCCAAGCGCAUCGACGUCAUAUCCCGCAUACUGUUCCCGAUGGUGUUCGCCAUGUUCAACAUGUCCUACUGGUCCACGUACCUGUUCCGCGAAGGCGAGGACGAAGACAAGUAA